UCUUAGAAAUGUAAAUUUGACAAAAAUCUCUUUGUAAACUGUCCUAAAUAGAGGCGGUUUUCCUAAUUUCGGUUGAACCAGUGCAGUAUAGCAUCAAUUAGACAGCGACCUGUUAAUUUUGGGUUGGUUUUGUUUCAAUAAUGGUGGACGAAACGUGAGUAAAUCCCGCAAAAAUAGUUGAGCUUGACCUGAUGAUCUGACUUUCCAAACAAAAUCAAAAUGACUUCAGAAUCUCGCGAUCGUGCAGCUGGUAAGGGGAAAUCAUCGGUGUAUUUCAAAAGAGGAAUAAGCGAGGAAAUUACCUAUGAAGAUAUACUGCUCGCUCAAUACAUGGAUGAAAUUCAAAGAAGUCCUCCAGUUCGCAAAGGAAGGUAAGUGGGUGGUCUGUUUUUAUGUGGGGUUUAGGACUCCUUUACAGAUUAUCCUUUGGCCUUUGACCAUAGAUUGUCAUAUAUAAGUUUUGCAGGAAGACGUGAUGUCUCGAGGUAUGCAGCAGUCACCUUGAUAAUUAUUCUUUAUGGACGUCUUGAUAAUCAGGGUGUCUCUAAUCCCUGUAUAAGAGAUAUCAGGGGCGGAUCCAGGAUUUUUCUUAGGAGAGGGUGCACCCCCAAUCAGUGGCGUUACUGACUAGUGACGUAAACAAUUGUAAAAGUGAAUACGAGGAAGAAGGCUUUCGACUAGACAACAACAUACUAAUGUUAACUGCUGAGAAUACAUAUCAAACGGUACUGCAGAUUUUGUAUAACUGUAUUGGAAAGCUGCAGGUCAUCUCAGGGAGAGGGGGGUGUGCACUCCCUGUACCCUCCCCCUAGAUUUGCCCCAACAUAAUGUCUUUGAAGUCCGUGGCUCCACUAGCAUCUCGUACACCUCCCCCCCAUGCUCAUCUCUGUGGAUGAGUUUAACCAUGGCAAAGACACUUAGUUAGUGUGGACACCUCAAUAUAAAAAGCAGCAGCUAAAUCCCCAUCAAAAAGAAAAUGGAUAAAAUUCCGAAAAUAAGCUUUGGGUCUUACAUUUUUCCAAGGCCCUUUUUGAGGGGCUUAUUACAUGGAGGGAAAUUUGCAUUUCAAAAUUGGCUAGGCUUAUACUGUCUAUACUGACAGGGAAAUAUACGUCUCAAAAUCAAUUGGUAAUUACCUUGAGGAUGUUUACAAAUCUUACUAAAACUCAGCAAUGCAAGUACUUUGCCUAUUUGGGACGAGGAAAUCCAAGCUAAGAGUUAAGAAUGAACUGUGCAAACAGCAAUAUACAUCUACUGUGACACUUUUUGACUGCAUUCAUUUGGCACAGGUAAAAGUUCUUUGCCAAAUGCCAGAAAUUAUGCGUUACUGUACAGUUUUUGCUUUGUUUUAUUUUGACGAUUUUUAGGGCAAUUUCCAAGUUCAAGCCGCUGGGGGCUUGUGUUUGGGGGCUUGUAUUGCCUUCUCAGGUUCUUCAUUUGAAUCUGGCCAAUAUCAGCACACCCUACAGAUCAUUCACUAACCUGCUGCAUGUAGUGGAAACAUAAGGACUGCAGUUACUAUUAGACUAUCAGCGAUUUUCCACUGCUCAUUUCAUAGGAAAUAGAAGGAAAAUUGAACCAAAGAGAACUUCCAUACCUUUCAAUUUCCCAUCCACUGCAAUAUACCAGUAAUUGCAUAUACCCAGCAACUUUAAGGCUGUGCUCUAAGAAAUAUUAAGGGAAGUCCAAUGCUCUGAACCUGUAAAACCCAGUGUGCCCUGUAUAAAAUUAUGAUUUCCAUAAAAAAAGUCACCUGGGAGCAAAAAUUAGGUGCCAGGGAUCUCUAUACACAGCUAGAGCACAGCCUUGAACUUGAAGUCUUAGUGAUAGCCCUUCCUGUAUGCAAAACCAGGUCUUCUAAUAAUAUACUAUUAUUUUAUUUUUUGUUUUAAGGGAAGCCAGACUGUCUCCUUAUGCUGUUUCAACUGGCAGUAGUACUCAGCUAAAGAGACCCAAGUCUGCAGUUUUAUCACAAAGAGGACAGUCUAAAAGUGCUGCAGGGCCACCUCAGACUGUGAUUGGUUGGGCUGACAAGACAGACUGGACAUUGACCAAUCAGAGUCCAAAGCAACGCACCCGCCCAGUAUCUGCUCCAGCCACCAGAAACAGGUAAUGCAUACAUUUAAUAAAGGAAUAAAAGGCAUGGCAAGUGGUUUAUGUGACUUUAUAAGUGCGUGGGAAUUUAAGGACUUGAAAGAAGUUAAUGUUAAUGUUCUUAACAUUUCCAAGUGUCUUUGUUAAACUUAAUAGUGCAACAGGAACAAGCUUUGUCAUUUAUUUUAUAAACUGAGCCUCUUCCUUUUACACUCUCUGUUUAUCUAACAUUAUUCAAAACAAAACCGUUUGUAAUUUUUUGCUUUGUACAGAUCAGGCUCAUUUAGCUCUGCAACUUCAUCACUUUCCAGAAACACUUCAGGUAAAGUGAAAGAUAACUUAUAGUGAGUAUACAUUUGCGCAUGAUUACUUAAUGCUACUGUUGAGGGUUGCAUAAUCAUGGAGCCACCAUGAAUUUUGAAAAGGAGUCACUGUUAACUGGUUUAUAAACUACAGGGUAUGUUACAACUUACUAUAAGCUGUAACUGAUUAUAAUAAAAAUACAAAUUAUAAUACUUAAAAGUCUUUGACGGGCUAGAAGGGUGGGUUGUUUGGACGCCUUCUACUUCAAAGGAACCUCUGUCUGCAGAAAACCUCAAAGAAAACCGUACUGACAUAGGAAAUGAUGCAGGAAAAGACGUUGUAAUUACUAAUAAAGUUUUCAUUUUACAUUAAUUUUUUUAUUUUUCUGAAGCAGUCGUAUUUUAAUGGUAAGAAAUGAUUGUUCUAAUGGAACCCAUUCGAAGGUUUUGUUUAUGUGUUUAACUUGUAUUUAAAUUUGUAAGAGAGGGAACAGUGAUUUUUACUUACCCAUGUUUCAGGAAUUCCUUUAAAUUUAAACGGUUACUAUGACUUCUAUGAUAUUAAAUUUUAUGGUUUAAAAGUAUUCCUGCAUUGUAGUAAUACUAUUAUUUGAAUCUUUCUUUAGUGUCCAGUUCUGUUAGUGGAAAGAAAACUAAACCAUUGUUCAAGAGGAAGCCUCAGCUCAUUUGUGUCAGGGCCUUUCAGAAUGGAAACAGGGAUAACUAUGCACGGAUAACUGUUCCAGAUCUUCAGCAGGUAAACAGGCUUUGAACAACUUUGAUUGGAUGACUAUUAUAUUUAUUACUCUUGUUCACAACUUGUCUUGUUAUAAUCAAUCCUUCAGCUACUUGAUGCCUGCACCGAGAAACUAGGACUUGUGUCUGCUGCAAGAAAGCUGUUUUUAUCUGAUGGAACUCCAGUUGCACAUGCUAACCAGCUGCCAAGGGAUGUGGAUGUUUAUGUUUCUUGUGGAGAGCCUUUCCGUGAUCCUUAUGCUACCAUACGAGGUAAUAAUAAUUUAUUAGUAAAAUUCAAGUAAAUACAGGUGAUGUCAUUUGGUCAUCUGCUUGAGUGUAGUCUUGUACGGGACUGUAGGGGACCUUUACAUUAUGUAGACUGGACUUUUAAUACAAGAUUGAGUGCAAUUAAAAAGUGAUGUUUUCAAACCAAUGUCAUGUGCCCCAGAUAUAAUUAUGUACACUUUUUAUCUCUUACAGUGUACAUCUUUCAAUAUUCUGGUUAGCAAUAGCACAGAGUGACAAAAUUAUUUUGGGGACAUACAUGUUUGGUAACUACUGGUACAUCAACAUGUACAGGUAGUUCAAAAUUCUAAAGUUGUACUCAUACUUAAUGUUAUACUCAUAGUCAAAUCUUAAGGUUUCUAUUGGUAACAAAGUAAAAUUGGUUUAAAAUCAACCAAGUUGAAAAUUGACCCCUCAGAGAGAGAGCCCUUCAUCAGGGAGGAUUCAACUGUAGUAUCAAAGUUUUUAAUUGACAACAUGUUUGAAAGUCAUCAUAAAUAGUUUGCUUUGUCUUAACAAGACUGACAUUGUUGACCUCCUGUGAUCAAUAGUGCAUACACUGUACUCUCAUUGGUGUUCUUUUGUGGUCUUUCUAAAUGGUCUUUAAUUGUUAUGGUCUUUUACCCUGGUUGUUUAAGUAUUAAGCCUUGAAGUGUUGCACACACCUCUGAAGUCCAUUUGAUACAUGAAGUUAGGCAUCCAGUGUGUCUCCAAUAAUCUCAGAGUGCUUGAUUAUCAGAGGAUAGAGAAUUGAUCCAGUUUGUUGUUUAUAACAGACAGAGAAGAACUGAGAAGAUCAGCUUCAUGGACGUUAAGUGGCAUUGUUCUCCCUGAGGAUCGAUCCAGAGGUCGCACAAAGCCAUCUUUGUCCAAGAGGAUGAAGUCAUUAGUUGAAAGUCAGAAGAGAAGAAUUCUUGUGUUUAGAAAUGGUGAAAGUUCUGAGGGAGUGGAGAUUGUAGCUGGGAGAUUUGAUGAGGUAUAGAUCAGCUGUUUAACCCAUUCGCCCCUGAAUCAGUUGUUGUGACGUCAUUGCUUUUAGCUCAGUCAAGGACAACUUUGGCAUCUAGUUUGAUCGGGAGAAAGAGCCAGAUCUUUGUUAAACUUAAAAAUUUAUUAUGUUGGGAAUUUUCAAGUUGAGGGAUGUUUUACCAAAAAUGUGUACAUCCAAUGCAUUGUAAGUGAAUAAUGCAUUUACCCUUGAAGCUAACCCCUCACAGCUACUUGUACAUGUAUGUGAAGGUGUAUAGCACAAAAGGUUUCUGUAGAAUAUUAUUUGAAGAAGAGGAUUAACAAGAUGUUUCUUAGAUCAUCUUAUGGCCUGUACAUGAUAACUUAUACCAACUGAGUUUUAACAUAUAAAAUAUAAAUGUGAUGAAUAGAAAUAAUAAUAAUAAUAUUACAAUUAUUAUUAUAAUCUCUGUAGUUCUUGGAUGACUGCACGAAGAAGUUAAACCUAGAGUCAGGAGCCAGGCUUUUGUUUGACUGUCAGGGAAAGGAAAUCAAGAGCUUCUCUGAUGGUUAGCUGACGUUUUUUUAAUGCUUUGUAUAAAGUUGAACAGUAAUAAACCCACUUACCUUUAUAUGAUAAUUUUAAUAAAUUCUGUGCAGGGCAGACAAACAAAACCAAAAAUAAAAACAAAACGAAAGUUGAAUUCUCCCAUUUUAUUUUUCCCUGGCUACAGUCUAUACAUUUCUUUGGGUACAUGGUUUUUCAUGGUGUAUGAUUUAGUUAGAAGAUGAACUGACUGGCCCUUGCCCCCGGGCAAGUGAACAAGAAAAGUUUCUUGCCAGUGGUAAAAUCUUGUUUUGCCAUACAGUAACAAUAUUUUUGAAUGCAGUUCUGAUCAGUUACCAUUCUCUUUUACAGUUCCUGUACUGGACAGAAUUCUUCAGCCAUCAACUAGUGUUAUUCUAGGCCCUGUGUGGGUGACAAGAGGUGCAGAGCGCUUCAGUCCUAAAGGAGCAUAUCACUUUAUUUCCACACUUCUGUUUAGCACCAAAGAUAGAUUAAAACAAAGUAAAGCUUACAAACAACAGGUAUGGAAACUCAUGUUUUCGAAAAAAAAGGGGGGGGAAAGGAAAACAAGUUAACAACCCAUAGAUUCAACCUGAGACAAAACUGUUGAGACAGUUCCAUCUAUUUCCUAAGUUUGCGCCAUAUUACCAUCUCCUCUAACAAAAAAAGUAAGCCCCCUCCUCACCCUCUAUUCAAAAUUGUUUUAGUCUAAAAGCCAAUGUGUAUAAUUCUCCUAAACCGCAUUGUGUAAGGGGAGGGGGAGGGGGAGGGGAGGUUGCAGAGGGAGGGAAACAGGCAUUCAUUUGGCGAUGGUUUUCAUUUUUGCUAUGAUUAAAAAGGUAUUUGUGUAUCAACCCAUUUUGUUCCUGGUUGUAGCCUUGAUAUUUUUAUCAAAAGAAAAUGGUCUUCUUGACUUUUCCGAUUAUCUGUUGAAUAUCUCAGCUGCUAAUGUCACUUGGCAAGUGAAGCACAUUUAGGUUUCAGGGAAACUGGCCACCUACCCCUCCCCUAAACCAAGAUUUUGCCUUAGGUGAAAAGCAAUUAGGGGAGGGGUAUGUGGGCAGUUUCACAGAAAACUAAAUUAAUCCAAAUAUUUCCUGCCAAAUUUCAGCUUCUGGUUGCCAGUGGUCUGUUUUUGUUGGCUAUAACAAAUGAAAAUUCAUUCUCAAAACUGGACCAAAAACAGAACCCUUUCUGUUACGUGUACUUGCAGCUUCAACAGUUGCCGGAGUUUAAUUAUUAAAAGUGUAAAUGUGUAACUUCUUAUUCUAAAUUAUUCAUUCACUUUUAACAGCUAGAGGAAAGUCUGAAGGAUGAAGAAGUUGUUUCCAAAGAAAUUAUGGCUAUGACUGAAGCAGAGAUUGAGAAUGAAAUAAAGGAGGUGUGAGUUGUUUUGUAGAAUUAUUCCCGGUUUAAACUUUCUUUGUCCUAAAUACACAAGGAAAACUGAGGGAGGGCGAACCUUCACGUUUAGGGCAAUUGCAGAGUGGAACGCUUUUGAUGCAACCAUCAGAAAGAAACUAUCAGUGGCCAGUUUUUAGCGCACUUUAUACAAGAAAUUUUUAACCGAUCAGAAAACCUCCCCAAUACUGCUCAAAAGUAAGUUACCACCCUCUUGCGAGAUGCGAAUCGCGUCGCGCGCUACGCCAUUCCUGUAGCGCAGAAAGAAAGAGCAAAUUAAGCUAACAAUGUUUCAUGGUCCUACGCCGAGUUGUAUUUUUACCGAUGUUGUUGAUAUCUCGUCGGCGAAAGUUGCCGCUACGCGUAAACGAUAACAAAUGCACUUGUUUGGCCGCGGGGCGGUGGAUUGCAAAAAUUAACUGUGGUCCCGGUUCAUGAUCAUCAAAAAUGACAACGUUUUAGGCCCCACAGUCAAAUUUAUAGCGAAGGGACGCAAAGCAUUGCAACUGAAACAAACAUACACAAACCCGAGUGAAUUGGCACGGAUCAUACAAAAUUCCUGCAAUUAGGGCCUGUUUACAUGGAGGUGAGGGAUCGGAGGUAGGUGAGGUAACCCGCUUAGGUGCGGUAACCCGCCUGUCCAUAUAAUCUCUCAGUUUAAUUAGAUCACGUUUACAUGAUAGGUGGGGUUACCUGCCAAGGCGGGUAGCCCGGGUUACCCUCUCAGCCGGGGCAAAUUUUGCCAUGUAAACGUUUCAAGGUGGGUUAACCCGCCUAGCCGGGGUCGGUCUCGUGAUACAUCAAUUUUGCGCAAAAAUCACUUUGGCGGUGGCUUUGCAUCAUUAUUAAAGGUAACAAUAGAAAGCCACAGCCCUGAAGGUUGCAGCAAGAGCAGCAAGUGAGUGUUGAAGAACAUUAAUCGCCAAAACACGUGGUUUUCCAGCAUUUUUCUUGUUUACGUGCUUAGCGACCAUUCAAUAAUCUUGAGAAAGUGCAACCCAGGAUGGCGGGGUUGUAAGAUUGCAUGCAAAGGAGGGUUAUGUUUUUACCCAACCUAAGCGGGUUACCUCAACUAUCUAGGAUCGCCCACCUCCAAGUAGACAGGCCCUUAGUAUAGGUAAUAGCAUGUUUAGUAGUGAUAUAUGGCAUACAUACCACGAGUGAUAUUUCGAAAUUGUUAUACGUAAUUUCACGAGCCGUUAGCGAGUGAUAUAGUGAUAUAUGGCAUACAUACCACGAGUGAUAUUUCGAAAUUGUUAUACGUAAUUUCACGAGCCGUUAGCGAGUGAAAUUUGAGACAAUUUUGAAAUAUCACGAGUGGUAUUUAUGCCAAAUAUCACUUACAAAUCAUGCUAUUAUUUGUUUAUACUACUACCCGUAAAAGGUUUGUAANAGGGCCUGUUUACAUGGAGGUGAGGGAUCGGAGGUAGGUGAGGUAACCCGCUUAGGUGCGGUAACCCGCCUGUCCAUAUAAUCUCUCAGUUUAAUUAGAUCACGUUUACAUGAUAGGUGGGGUUACCUGCCAAGGCGGGUAGCCCGGGUUACCCUCUCAGCCGGGGCAAAUUUUGCCAUGUAAACGUUUCAAGGUGGGUUAACCCGCCUAGCCGGGGUCGGUCUCGUGAUACAUCAAUUUUGCGCAAAAAUCACUUUGGCGGUGGCUUUGCAUCAUUAUUAAAGGUAACAAUAGAAAGCCACAGCCCUGAAGGUUGCAGCAAGAGCAGCAAGUGAGUGUUGAAGAACAUUAAUCGCCAAAACACGUGGUUUUCCAGCAUUUUUCUUGUUUACGUGCUUAGCGACCAUUCAAUAAUCUUGAGAAAGUGCAACCCAGGAUGGCGGGGUUGUAAGAUUGCAUGCAAAGGAGGGUUAUGUUUUUACCCAACCUAAGCGGGUUACCUCAACUAUCUAGGAUCGCCCACCUCCAAGUAGACAGGCCCUUAGUAUAGGUAAUAGCAUGUUUAGUAGUGAUAUAUGGCAUACAUACCACGAGUGAUAUUUCGAAAUUGUUAUACGUAAUUUCACGAGCCGUUAGCGAGUGAUAUAGUGAUAUAUGGCAUACAUACCACGAGUGAUAUUUCGAAAUUGUUAUACGUAAUUUCACGAGCCGUUAGCGAGUGAAAUUUGAGACAAUUUUGAAAUAUCACGAGUGGUAUUUAUGCCAAAUAUCACUUACAAAUCAUGCUAUUAUUUGUUUAUACUACUACCCGUAAAAGGUUUGUAAUUUUCACCUGCAUGUCGGUAUUUCAAAUUAAGUUGAAAUACCACUGCUCUAAGCCAAUCAAAUUGCAGAAAUUAUUUUCUCAUGUAGUAGUAUAAGCUAAUUAAUUAUGCAGUGAGAAUAGUACGGACUUGUAUAAGUGACAUUUGUUGUCUUUAAAAUGAAGGUUGAACAGCACAUCAGUGAUUUGUCAAGUGCGAUACCCACCCUGAAUUCACAUCUGGGAAUAGUGGAGGGAGCAGCGCAAGACGAGGAAUCAUCAGGACUAGAGAAUUACAGAUACAAACACAUGACGCAUAUAGCCCCAGAAAGUAGAUUGUUGGCUAAACAAGGACUCAAAUUAAAGGUAAAUAUUUGUACUUGAUAGUCAAACUGUAAACAUCUGAUUAUGUCGGUAAUUAAUAUGUUUGUUUAGAACUGAAAUCAGAUUGGAGUAAUUCUCAUAGGGGUCGUCUAAUGGACAGGGGGCAUUUAUUAGAGACCUGUGUCAAUUACAAUUUUCACAGCGUUGAUGGGGCGUUUUUUAGAUAAGAGGCGUUUAUUUGGAAGUGGGCGUUUAUUAGGUCAUUUACGGUAAUACAGCAUAUGUUUUGAAACUGCCUAUACAAAGCAGCUUGAAAUCUUAGUGCCAGCCCUGCGAAACUGUUGAUACUGACCGAUGACUUAUUACAUUAAAAGACUGAUUUAAUCGCUCAAUACUUGCAAACUCUAAGACUGAUUUUUGUGAAUAGGUUAGCUGAAAUUUUUAAUGUGGCUAAAUAUCAUUUAGGCAAAGUUAAAAUGUGAGCAAAUGCAGCUAGCGAUCUCCCCCAUCUGCAGCACGUGACCUUUGGGGUGGCCUCUAGAGGUUUCACAGGGUUUCAAGGUUCAUUGCUUUACACGUGCAGUGUUAUCAGCUGAUCUUUGCGGAUCAAGCGCUUUGCUAUUGCGAAUCAUUGCGGAUUCUUGCACGCUCUCCUCCCUCCCUCUUUUGCGUUGGGUCAUCAGGGUAAGUAUUUUCAGGUAAGUUAUUUCCACUGAUUGUUUCAGUAUGACGGUGCCCGUUAGCGGGCGCUCUUUUGGGUGGUUCCCGCGUUCCAGGGUUGCCAUGGAUACCUCCCCUGCAGCUUGGCAUCUGGCACCCCGCUAACCUUUUAGGCACCAGUUCCCAAGCUCAUCUAUUUGUGAUGAGUUUAAGUCAUUAAAAAAGCCAGCGAUGUGAAAAUACGCGCCAAACUGCUACCGUGGCCGUUGAAAGCUAUUGGGCUAGUUCGCUAAGCCGUGCGGACGCAUCUUUAAGUUACUAAAUUAGUUUAGCCGCACUUCUUCGCAGCCCUUAUUUCUUAUAAUAUUGUGAUGUCGAGGUGGCCUCUCUUUAUAAGCCUGGUGGUUUCUUGAGGUCUCCUCGCCUAACAACCUGCUGUAUCCUGUUAAAUUUGCUGUAAAAAAGGCUAAUAAAUGAUGAUGAUGAUGAUGAAGCACCAUGGUUAUACCUGUAUAACGGGUGGUACGCUACACGGGGAUUUCACCGCUCGCCUGAGCUUCGGCAGAACCCUAUUUGCUAUAGGAAAUUUUUGAACUAGUGAUCAUCUAACGCUAAUGAUCUUGUGAUUAGGUUGUGUUUUUCGUGUUGCUAGGUUUUUGAAAAUGGCUUCUCCAAAGGCUAUGUUGUUCUUCACUUCAACUUACACGAGGCGGAAAAAGGGAUUCAAGGCGAUAAGUCGCAACUGAUGCAUCGAUUUCUUGAUGCCUGCACAAGCUGUUCAAAGGUGUCGGAGAGUGGCGGUGGCCCAGCUGGAAGGAGAAUUGCUAAGAGAGUAUUUACAAGGGAUGGCGAGGAGAUCACCGACGUACAUGACCUGGUUUAUGAUCAGGAAAUAUGGUUGUCUUAUGGAGAGGACUUUAAACCACCUCAUGGUGAGGUUUACGGUCAUCUCGCUACCAAACCAUCUCGCCACCAACAAAAUCGCCACUAAGAAGUCGACUCGCCACCGACGAAUGACUAGGAAAUAAUUGACACAGUUUAAUGCAAAGCCUAGGAUUACUUACCUAAGAUUUACUUUUUCGUCAAGCUUAUUCUAAUUGGAAGUUAAUUCAGAUACAAAUCUGUCGAUCCUAAUUGACCUUCUUUGCGUUGAACUUCUUAUGCUCUUAAUACUUCAAAUACUGGGUAAUAGGUUCAGUGAAUGUAAACUUAAACAUUUGAUAGAUGAAGAAGUUUCAUAACCACCAGUCAUUUCUUUGCAAUAUGAUAAUAAUAAAAAGGUAACGGUUAAGAGAAAAUUUCUGUUCGUGAAAGUUUUUUUCAUUAUUUUGUCGCGUUUACUUGUAACUUGUAAUUACAAUAAAGCUAAGUUCUAUUCUUGGUGGCGAUUUCGUUAGUAGCGAGAUGAUUUGGUGGCGAGGUGAUCGGAUACCAUGGUAAGCGUAUUAAAUGAGACAGGCUGUGUCACAAAAUUCAUCAAAAUUCAGACAGUGGAAACUGCCACCAAAUUGUGUGAAACCGUAGAAAACAAGAAGGUACUGAUGGACAAACUUUAAAAUAGACUGCAACUGCGGUUUUUCAACCGGUUUCUCAACGUUAUCUUUUAUGUCUGUAAUAUUUGAUGUAAUGCUUGGGACAUGAAGCUGUGAUAUGUAAGAUUGACCGAUAAUUUCGCACACUAACGCAGGGUUGUCACUAAGAUUUCACGUUACCAGGUAAAUACAACAAAUAGGUGGCGAAUCAAACAGCUAGGGAUUUCUUUUGGUUCUAUUUUUCUUCUAUUUUACUAUGAAAGUAGCUGGAGGCCACGUUCAUUGUUGCCGAGGGAAAUCCCGGGUCCCCGCCUCUUAAUGACAGCCCUGCUAACGUUAAGUUCCGUUGCUAUUAAGUACGUGACAGUCGCAAUAUAGGCAAAAUGAACCCAAUCAAGCUCUCAAUUACUCGUCUUUUAAAAAAAUUCCUGAUGGUAGAUGCGGGAUUCGCAGGUAGACUGAUUACCGCCACAUAUUCAUUUUCACAAUAACAAGUAUUUUAUUAAUAGUACAGUAAUUUCCUUGCACUCAAGGUAGAUUUUUUUCAUCUGCAAAAUGAUAGUCUUUGCCUUUAACGUUUUUCGAAUUUUUAACGCUGAUUGUAGUGUUUGUAGUGUACGUUUACAUUAGAGGAGAUUUUCCGGAUCACUUUGGAACCGUAUUAUUUUUCCCUCUACUUGAAGGAUACUUUGUAUCCAAAUGAAUGUUCUCGGAUCAGCUAAUACGUGUAAACGCCUACGAAUCGGAAUACGUGGAAACAUUUGUGAAUCCGGAGGAAUCUCCUCUAGUGCGAACCUUUAUAGCCUAAGGGCGCUUAUCAUUGUCACAACUAGCUGGUCAGACCAGUUUAGUCUUGAGGAGAAUUUCUCUGUAAACAAGAACCAUCCAGCCAUAUCAGUUUGUUCUUAAAUGGUGCACACGUCAGUGAUGGGUUUUGGUAAAAAUUUCGAGAAGAGACUAAUAUUUCAUUUUGAAACUGACGAGACUAGUCGGCCAGUUCUGACUACUGGAAGGCGCCCUAAGUUUAUUUAUGGUUUCUGUUUUGCAGUUGUUGUUCUCGAGCUGUGCCUGGAUAAAGCCACUUGCAUGUCCCUUUGGGGUGAAAAGGAGAUGGUUCAAAGAGAGAGUUUUGAUGAUGAAGGCAGAGGCAAAGAAAAGUCUUCUCUGUGGAGAGCAGUGAAUGGUUUCCCAUCAGGCUGCAAACGGCAUCUUGUGAAUUUGCUUGACCCAGGAAGCGAGCUCUCCCAAGCCCAGAGUCUCCAGGUGACUGAAUACUUCAUUAAUAUAAAGAGUUAUAGUGUGUGUAUCAAGUGCUUCACUAUUCAGCCAGGGGCGUAGCAAGCUUUUCGACUAGUUGAAGGCCUGGCUGACUUUCAUUUCCACAUAUCCUGUAGGCAUUGACCUCACCAACACUUUGAGCUCUUAAGCUUUUUAGCUCACCCCAACAACACAUCAUUUAUUACAAGCGGUAGAUUACAAGCGGUAGAUUACAAGUGGUAGAGUGACCAAACCAAAAAAUUUGCAGGGCCGGGCCUACAGGUACGCUCCUGUGGGCCAUUGACCAGCUUGCUCGAUCGAAUGUUUUGCUGAUUCUUUUACCACUGUUUGCCCCUAUUCUGUUUGUUAUUGCCGUUUCUGUUGUUUCCAGUGCAUUGUCAUUAUUGUAUGUAUCAGUAUUAAUAAUCUUUUUUUUCUGGACCUCGUCGUGGAGCUUGCUCUGUGAGUUAUCCAGGCCUCUUGGGGAAGUUUUUAAAUAAAUAAAUAAAUAAAUAAUUUUAUCCAAAGCCAAAAGCGAAGCUCUCGUGGGGACUUUUAAGAAAUGUCUUCCUGGUCCCAGUUAUUCAAUAUAUUAUAUCCAACAGAUAAAUCACUAUCCAGUGGAUAAGUAUUAGAGAAACCAAUUACUUAUGUACUGGUUAGAGAUUAUCCAGUGGAUAGCGUUAUCUGCCUUUUGAACAACUGGGGCUUGAAGUAAAGUUUUGUGAGCCUGCGAUCUGUUGAAUAACAAGUUAUGAGAGAACUUAAAAAAACAAAUUACCUCGAUGAGUUGUACACCUGAGCCCGCGAUAAAGUUAUAUCACAUUGGUGAGCGGAUACCCUAUAUUGACAGCUGUCAAUUGAUCGUAACAUGGAUGUCUAAUAUCAAGUUAAUCAUAAUUUGAAUAUGCCUUGAACUCUUAAGCUAGUAAAUAGGACAUUUCACAUCCGCUUACAUGAAUGGGUGGACGUUCGUACUUACGGUCGAUUUUUAAGAAGAACUUCAGUUUACGUGACUAGCGGCGACGUCUGUAAUUGUGUAAAACAAAGACACUUUAUCAUAAAGUAGAGAGAAUUAACUCAAAGUUUUUAUUUUAAAUUUGUUUUGGUUGACACAAGGUGAUGCGUGUCGAUGAGAAUGGCUGCUUUCUACAGUUUAAAGAGAACAAGAAUCUUGUACUUUACCCAGAAGUCGCUAUCAAGGAAAAGAGGAAAAAAGGAAAAAGUUCAUGGCCACCUGAUGCUCAGGAAUGGAUUAUAACGCAGGUAUAGAACGAUGUACAUGAAGGAAAAAUUUCCAAGGAGUGUAUCCAAAAUCAGAAAGAGAAAGAAAAUUCGUCUCUUGUGUGUGUGUUGAAAGCGAAAUUAAGCAAUCUCAACGACGGCUUCAACGACGGCUUCAACCACAAUAUGAAAAAACAAUUGGUCUAACGAGUAUUAAACAACAGCUCGGCACGUGCAUCACGCUCUUUUAUGUAUUUCUUUAACGUCUACUGCACGACUACCAGUGGCAGAUCCAGGGGAGGGGCUUUUUAGACCAAACUGAGGCCCGAUGCGCCGAAAAAAAUUUUGUUUGAGAUCAGCCCCCCUCCCUUAUCUAAAGGUCUAAACGACCGCCUCCCCCUUCACCUUACCUCAAAGUCUGGAUCCGGCACUGACUACGACGUGAAACUUCCAAUUGGGUUGUUUUAUGGAGGACGUGAAUAGACGACAACGAAUUGUCCUUUAUCUCUUUGGACCUGGAUGCAGUCCUUAAGAAUUGAAAUCCAGGAAAAACCGCCCACAUUGAUUAAGUGAGCGGGUCUAAAAAGAUGAGAUAAAGUUUGAAGGAAUGUAAAUUCAUUUUAUUUAGCGAUGUUUUCACUGCAUUCAGUCCGUCAGUCUUUAAGUCUUGCACUAAUCGUUUCAUUUGGAAAUUUCACGUCGACGUUGUUCAGUGUCGGCAAAGAAAUCCAAAAUUGAAGUGUGAUGAACGUGCAGAGUUGUUGUUUGCUUAUUAAGCCUGUUGCUUAUUUGACGUCCUCGAUGCCUUCGCCGUUGUGGCAUUUGAAACUCUCUAUUCUCUGUUCCAGAAGCUAUAAGAGAAAUGAGUACAAGAUUUCGGCAGAACGAUUUCUGGGAUAGUUUGUGUGGACAAGACAAUGUUCUAAUCAUUGGUGAAUGGUUGCCUUGACUACCAUUGUCUAAUCUUGACUGUACUAACGCUGGUCCACCCUAUCGAUCCCAGGGAUAGCCUGCGUACCAAGCGUUUCCGCGCGUUUUAGGAGCAAAGAAAGACAGAGGAACGAGAGUCAAAGACUGCGCGAAAAAUGGUGCAAGUAAAAGAGCGGGGAGGGGGUGGGGAAGAAAAAAAGGAAACGCUUGCAGACAAACCCCGGGAUUUUGAAAACCACCCUCUUGGCCUGCUGUCAUGCCUCGAGUUCGCGCACCGACUUUUGAUGCGGUCAACAACUGUCAUAAUUGACCAAUAAAAUAAUUGGCCUUCGUGGAGCGGAAAAGAGGACGCGUGUGUGAAACCAAAAUAAUUUUUUAUGUAUUAUGGAACGCGUUAAUGGUGAAAUCUCAAUGAAUCCGAACGAUCAUUGCUUAAUCAGCAAUCUUUACUGAGUCACAAUGCAGUUCUCCAUAGCUGAUGAAGUUCAGCAUGACAAAAUAUUGCAGAAACCAUCGCGUUCGCUGACAAAAGAAAAUCGAUUUUAGUUAUUCAGAUCCAGGAGGCACUUUGGAGAAUAAAUUAAACGACCUGAAAUCCUUAGUCGCAAGAAGAGCUUUGCGUUUCAAAAGAUGGAGGGCAAAUCUCGCCGACCAGAAUAAACAACAACCACAGGAAAAAAAUAUGCGUGUCACGUACCAUACAUGAGCUCUCAGUAUGAAACAAACCUUUGAUCGACACAUCUCAAUAUUGUUCGACUAGCCGCGUCAAUCAGGCGCUGCGUUCGCUGGCGAACUCGAGGGGUUUGUCUGCAAGCGUUUCCUUCCUUCCCCUCCCCCUCCCCUCUCUUUCAUUUUUUGGCUCUCGUUUCAUUUCUCGCUCAGCCAAAAUCGGUAUUUGUUUGCUCCGAAACCAAACGGAAACGCUUGCUACGCAGGCUAUCCCAGGGAUGACUGCACCCAAAGCCUGUACAGUUGUACCUAUUCUCCCUAGAGUUUCUAAAGUGGGGAAUUGCCUGUAUUAGGGGGAGGGGGGUGGAGGAGUGGGCUGAAAUGUGUUAGGGGUGACAUGCUUUUUUUAAUACAUUGACUACAAUACGAAUAGAAACAUACCCAGACUGGAUGAAGUUACUUGAAGCAGCAAGACUGAAUGCUGAUUUUAGAAAGUAGAGGAAAAAAAUGAAAUUUGAUUAAUGUGCAACAGAAGAAGCAUAUGCUAAACCAAGGGGACAUAGUCUGUGACACAAUAUGAAAGAAUUAGAUUUUCAUUGCGGUCAAUAGCCAUUAUGAUGAGAGUUGAAAAUGUGUUUGUAAGUCCGUAAUAGCGAGACUUCUGUUCAUAGUAACGGGAGUUACUUAUUAGCGGGUUGUUUGUAACAGUUAGGUGUCCCUAGGGCGAGUGUUGACUGUACUUGUUUGGGAUGAUUGGAAAAUUUGGGCCACAAAUCAAAACGGCAAUGUUUAACCAUUCGCCAAUCCGAAAUAUAACAACAUUUCCCCAGCAGGACUCAAAAGAAACUUGAAUUCCAGCUUGUCCUUUGGGCAAGCAGCCCUUACAUUUUGUUUGCCCGAUUAACGAUUUUUUUGAAUAAGUGUAGAGUGGAAUUAUUUUCCUGUAAUCCGAUUGGUCAUUUUUGUCAAGGUGGCUCAGGUUAUAGUAGUCGCGCUGUAAACAUGUUUAAGCGUCGGUGUGAAUGGGCCUUUAGUUAGAAGAUGACUUGCUUGGACCCUUGAUCUUUAACAGUUACUUGCCCAGCCAGAAAAACUACCUGUCCAGUCGUGGACUACCGGACGGGGCUUUUUCCGAGCCCUGCCCAGUCUAGUUGACAAUUAGCAGCUUUGAAAUCAGUAUGCUAGUACAGUGGUCAGGGUUCGCACGCACCUUGAACUUUUAAGGUGCGUGCGAACCCUAGAAAGUCCUUGAAAAUUGCAGUCGGUACUGGGAAGUCCUUGAAUUUCAAUGUUAACUUAAUAGUUUAAGGAGAACUGCAAAGGAAAAAGAGGAAAGACAAAAAUUUUCCUGAUGUGGACGACUAAAAAAAGACAUAGACUCAAGGCUCUUUUUUGCACUGAAUAUAGUCCUUGAAAAAUGCGGAAUGUGUCCUUGAAAAGUCCUUGAAUUUUUUGUUCAAAGAAGAGUACAAACCCUGAGUGUUACAGGACAGUGUGAGUCAUCACGCAUGCUGUAACUUGAUAGCUGAACUUAAACGGAUAUUCUCCUUUUAUCACGCCUCAAAGUUUAUGGUAAAAAGUUGAUAAAUUGUCUUGUUCGGUUUCAGAGUGGCUUGAUCCAUAGUAAAGCAAUGCCUCAGCUUGUGCUGUCUAGGUCAGAGCAUGCUGUUACUGUCCAGUACGCGGAAACUUCUUUGCAUGGGUAUCCUGUGGUCAUUGCAAAAAGGUAAUGCGUGCUUGCUUGGGUACCUCCUUCUACAGCGUACUAAACAGUACCAGAAGAAAGUACUGCUCAGUAGCUUUCAUUUGAAUGGUAACACCACCGACUCAAAAGUUAGAACCACCUUGUACAGCAUAAUAAACAGCCCGACAGUAAAGUGCUGCCCAGUAGCUUUGCUCAAAAAAUAGAAGCACCUUGUACAGCACAAUAAACAGCCUGCUCCAGUAGAGUACUGCUCAGUGGCUUUCAUUUGAAUGGUACAGGGAAGUUGUUACUGAAGUCACUUUUAUUAGAUUGGACACCCUUUAGGUUGUUAUGAUCGAUAGACUUAAAAGUAAGAAAGAACGUGUACAGCACAAUAGAAGGUAACACUCCAAAGUACUCUUCAGUAGUUCUCAUUUGAAUGCUAGGCCACACUUAAGUGAUUUAAUGUAGAGACUGGUAUUAUUAUUGCACUUGUCCUGUACAGUAUCUGGCGCCAGUUGCAUAAACCGUAAAUUUGCCACUUUAGAAAUGAGAGGAAACUGGGCCGAGUCAACUUUCGCACAGACUUCUGGGAAUGUUACGAAGGACAGGGAAAAAACAUUCGGCUCCUGUUCCCUUCUCGCUUCUAAAAUGGCGAACGAAACGCUAAUGUCUGACAUUUUCAAUACUUGCAGAAAUCCUAGUGAUGUUAAUCAACAGUGGGGAUUUAGUCCAACCGGCCAGAUCUAUUCUCUUUCAAAACCCAACCUUGUGUUGACUUACAUCGAAAAUCGGCUGAUUGAGGACACGACGUCUGCAGAAAAGUCUUCGGAAAGGCCAAGGGAAGCAACCAGUGGAUUGCAAAAUUUACAUUCCAUGAAUGAUUCCCGAUUGGAACCCAGUCCAGCUCUUUUAGACAAGGCCGAGGAGAACCCUGAGACUGGUCUUGCCAACUUAAAGGAUGAGUACAAUGGUUGUAGAUACUCAGUUGCUCUUCUGCCAAAGCGACAUGCAGAUGGAACUCAAAGGUAAGUUGUUAAUUGCGGGAGACUAGCUGAACCUGUAAUCCUAAUCUCGAGGUUGCUAUUACGCAUGAGCGGCCCGAUAACUCGAACCGUCGAUUUCCCGUGGAUUUCUUUCAUACGUUUACUGCAAUUUUACCCUCGGUAACUCGAGCCUCCCUCUAACUCGAAGUAAUUUUUGUUUCCCUUCAGAUCAUUUCUAUAUAUAAUUUUACCCUCGGUAACUGGAAUCAUGUUUUUAGGACGUGACAACGGUGUACUGAAGUCCGAAACACUGAAUUUAGUUCAAAACAACCGUGUCAAUUCUUUGGCUUUACUUUUUUGUCGCUCCAGUUCAAAUCAGUGUCCAUUCCUGCAUAUCAGUCUUUAUUUCUUGCUGCCCUUGAAGUGAAGUGUGCACGAUACUUGCAUUCCCUCCCCAUCCAUUUGCUAAUUUCCUUAUUUCAGGUUAUUUGCUUUGGGCUCCCGAUAACGGAACUGUUUUCGAUUUCCCUAGAGGGUUCGAGUUAUCGGAAGUCAACUGUAUGUAGCGAGCAUUCCCUUGCGCUUCCACGAAGAAUGAAUAGAAUGCGUGGAGCGCAAUCUGAUCACUCGCGUUUGGACCUUGUAUCACUCGUAGUCUGACCUUUUAUCACGUGAAUCUUACUCAAAACACCAGCUUUGGAGCAGGAGCUUUCACCUUCGAUCAGACGCCUGAAGCCAGCACUCUCUAACUUUUGGUUAUUACUAGUUUAGUCACAAUUUCCAUCUGCUAAUCGUAAUCACUUAAGGCGUCAUCGUACUCAUGGCAGACAUAACAGUUAACAAAAAUGAUGCUUGGAAAGCUAAUAAAAAGCGUUCGCUGGCGAAAAAGUUGCAAGAAACAUAAGCUUUUGGCUACCAGACUGCAGCCUUUAACGAAUGACUGAAGUGCGCUCAUUGAAGCUGUUAAUAUAAGUUGUGGAUUACGUCCAAUGACGGUAGUUAAUUAUUCACAUCUCCUAAGUUAAAAUAUCUGCUCUAUGCAAAAGCGUUUGCCGAAGACAAUUUCACCACGAGUGAGCAGCCGUGUUUUGGCAUACUAGUUUCUUUAUUAGGCACCAGUGCUGUUUUGAUGAUUUGAUUAAAGACGUCUUUUGCCAGCACUCUGCCGAUAGCAUGCAGCUUGCCAAUGGCCACCUACACUUGAACUCACCUACAUUUGCACUGGGGUACUUCUUUUUCUGGCUGAUGUUUAGAUGUUAUGAAAACUGUCGAACUAUGAUUUAUUAUUUGUAGAUGGGCUGUUAAACAGGAAGACUUCCUAAAUAUGGGUCAGUGGAAAAAUUCAACCAUUUCUAACCCGGAAUGGAACAAAAGGGCUUUGUCCUGGCCUGUUUAUGAAGAUGGCACUUGGAACUCGGUACGUCUGCAAUUUUAUAGUCAUCAGCUCUUAAAAAAAAGUUUAAAAACCAUCGAACUUGAUUACUUCUUUACAUUCUUAUCUCAUAGAAGUGAUAUGAAGUUUAGCUCAAUCCUAUUCGGCUAUUUCAGUAAACUUUAGUCCGAAAAACACUACUCAAUCACUCAAGUCUGCGCAACAACAUCAAAAGGUGAUAUAGGUCUUGUUGAAUAUCAAUAAACCUUUCCACGGUUCUUUUUUUUUUCUACUUUUGACAUGGACAAGUUGGGGAAAAUCUGUCUACUCUGCUGGGAAGAGCGCCUUUAAAUUAGCAAGCUUGCCAGGCUUGAAAAUGAUUUGUUGAAAACUAACGAAGAUAUAGCUCCUCAAAGUCGCGAAAUUGUACAGACGUUUAUAUGGUGGGGGCACAAACUCCCCACACCCCCACCCCACCCUCCGCCCUAAAAACCAUACAAACGUGUAAAUUUUCGCAAACUUGCGGGGCUCUAACCUUCGCUUGCUUAAGAUGAUUCGCUUUCACACUUGGCGAGUUUAUUAAUUUUAAGGCGCUCUUUCCCAUGGUGUCGUGAAACCAUGUGGAAGGGUCGAUUCCUCACUUCAUCGCCUCUUCCAUACGGUGUUAUGUAUACCUUUUACUCCUGAUAAAGGCCAAAGAGAAAGUUCAUUAAAAAACUUUCUUUUUUUCAAAGUCCCUCAAACUAAAUAGUACUAUGCAAAACUUCUGCCAAUUCGACAGCGCGGGAGCAACCCUCAACCCCUUACGCUAACAGUCAAUAAAUCCCCCGGAGUUUGUAUUUCCAUAAGCACGCUUGACGAUCACUAAAGAGAAAAUAGAGGGUCCUUGAACAGGCUAUUCAAUUUGUUUAUACUAAAUUGUGAUGGUGCUGUACAUUAAUUGCGACGCUAUGUUUGUCUUUGUCUCCCGAAGGACUUCACUUGGCCCAUGGAGGGAUUUUUGUUGCCUUAUGCUCCACCGGUCAAGAAGCCCACACACAAGAAAGCAGUCACUACAGGUAAUAUAAAUUUACUGAAGGCAUGCAGGGUAUUAUUCAUCCUCGGAGACCCAGGGGCGGUCAGUCGGAUCGGGGAAAAAUGGCGGCAGUCUGUUCUUAAAGACUUUGGUCGCCGUUUUUCCGACUCAACUGAACGCCCUUGUGUCUCCAAGGGAGGGGCUUAUUCAGUGGGCACUUGGCAGUGCAGAACUUGCUCAAACGCAUUAGAUAAUUUCAACCAUUUGUCCAGUCAUUUACAGGGCGUUGAAUCAAAAGUUUUCCAGUUUGCCGUGUGUUAAAACCUAAGGGUGCGUUUCGAUUGAGAAAUCUGGAAUUUUACUUGGAAAUCCGGCGGAUUGAGAAUUUUACAAUCAAACGCAAAAUCCGGAAACGGAUUUCAGCUUCGAGAAGUCCGUCCUCGAGAUGGAUUUCAAAAAAGAAAUCCAAUACCGUUAUGCUUACGCGUGCGAGACCGCUGCUCUUGAGAAACGUUGAGUUUUUCAAAUCUCUUUUCGGAUUUCCCCCCCCCCCCCCCCCCACCAAAAGGGAUAAAUUUAGGUUUUUGGGAAACUGCCCACCUACCCCUCCCUUAAGCUAACAUUAACACUUCUCUCUUUGGGCAAAAUGAUGGCUUAGGGGAGGGGUAGGUGUGCAGUUUCCCAGAAACCUUUUUAAUUGAUCCAAAAAAACAAACAAACAAGAAAGAAAGAAAACCCAAAGACACAUUUCUCAGGGUUGAAAUCCGUUUUCCUUUUUCGCGUUUUAUUGCAAAUCUGAAUAUCUAAAUUUCGGAUGUUUAAAAACUUGAUCCAGAUUUCCCAAUCGAAAGAACCCCAAAUAACCGUCAUCGUCUUAUUGUUUACAAAAUGCCUUGCAGAAUAUAAUUUUGUCUCGUGUACAAAAAGCUACACUUAUUGUUUUGUAUCAUAAUUUUUGGGUGUUAAUUUUACUUUGGUCUUAAGUGCCAUUAAUUUAUUCAGGCCAAAUAGACUUAACAGUUAAUUUACAACUGCAGGUGAAAUGAUUAACAGUGACAUUUACAGACUUUAUUCUGUAAAUUAUUUAUCAGCUCAAACAUUUUGCAUAUUAUCAAUUAGUUUUAGAAGCAAUAUGUAUUCCGAAAUAGCACCAUCAUGUUUUUUUCUCCUAGGAAAAUAGAAAUUUGCCUUGGUUUUUGUUCCUGUUGACAUUAAUUGUCAUUCAUUCCAAUGUGUUUUGCUGGUAGUUUCAAAAUUUAUGAAUUUCUUGAAAGCUUUUAACUUUCUGAACUCACAGUUACAAACAAGGGACUACUUCUUUCAACCAUCAAAUGCGGCGUAAGUACGAAGUCCAAACUGGAAAGAUUUCAUGAUCUUUUUCCAUCGAAUUUAUUAAAUAUCAAGUUUAUAAUUUGCUUAUCCUUUGUAAAAUGUAUUCAAACUGGCCACGCUUCUAACCCACCAAAUUUUAGUUAUGAUGUUGUGUCUUUUCCACUUAACAACUGGCAUUUACAUAUACAAGGCCCAUUGUGUGUAGUAAAGUUUGGGUUUAGAGCUUGUAAACAAGUAGGUAAAUUGCUGCAUUGGCGAACAAAACAUGAGUAUAGUUUUAGAGUUCCUUUAUAGUUCUAAACCGUAAAGAAUUUCUCCGCUGUAUAAAUACUUCAAUGGUGUUGAAACACUCCAAACGUCUAUAAAAUAAUUUUUAUAAUAAUUUGAAAAGUUUUGACAGUGUAAGAUACGAAAUAACUAAUAACUACUUUUUCAUUGUCGGAUGUUCUCAAGUAAAAUAUCCGUAACUACUGUCUAGUAUAAAAGUUUAUAAAGUUGAAUCUCUCUAUAGACGGUCUAUUCAGUGCCUAAAAUUUAAGCUCUAGAAUUUAAUUCUAGCUUUUUGUGGAGUAAGAAGUACGCUAUUAUGCUGAGAAAUAUAUAGAUGUUACUUCUGAUGGAUGAUAAAUUAUAAUAAUUAGGAAACACAUGAACCACAUUCAUGUGGCCUCUUAUCUUACGUGACCCACGGCCAAUUUCACUGUAUUAUUCUUCAGAAUUGAUACAUGUGCAUGGUGAUUUUCAAGUGCAGUCUAUCGGUCGUCGUACUCACUGUAUAGGGUGCUUGUGCAACCAUGACCAAUGAAUUUGCCCAUACUUCUCACAGGCGUCAAAGGUAGACGUCUCAACUAUCUUUAGUUAACAUUGACCUGCUUUGUAAAAAGGCUAUGCUGUAAUAUUUAUUAUAACUUAGCAAUAUGACUCUACUUUAAUUGUAACUUUUGAUUUCCUUUUUUUUCGUUUUUAGUUACGAAUCAUUCAACUGUUUUUAAUCCGAUAAUUUAUAAUUGUAACUUUUGAUAUGUAUUGUUAUGGAAUGAAUAAACAUUAUUAUUAUUAAUUAUUAUUAUAAUUAUUAUAAGUUCAAUCAAAUUGUCAUGAGUGGGUGGGUCUUGCUGGAGCUAGAUUUAGAUCAAGCUCGAAUUCCUGUUUGUGUGUGCCCUUCAAAGGAGAAUUGUAUCGUAAGAGAUGUUGUUUUGUACAUGGAAGCUGUUUGACAUUGUUUUUGUUUCAUUUCAGCCGCCCCUGCAAGGCUACGGGUGCUUAAAAAUGGUGAAUCGGACGAGAGCAGAGCGGUUACCGUUGUGGGACCUGACUUGACUAAUGUGAGUAGCAAUUUUGUUUGUUAUGUUGAAAUUGUGCGUGAGACUUGUUCGGUGUUGUGUUGAAUUGAACUAUAGGACUGUUUUGAGGACUCCACCGCUUCUUUUAUUGGCUAUUACAGUCAAGCCAGGUCAAGAGUACCCCCCAAGAUUCCGCAUUAAUGAAUCUGUUAUGUGAAAAAUGAAUCCCUUAGUCGUUGCCGCAACCAGUAUUAAAUUCAAAUUUACAUUCCUGCAUGCGUAAUUACCAGUGAAUUUUUACGAUAACUUCUUUGUAUUCGGUAAGAUUGAAAAUUCUUUGAAUGGAUAGACAUGUUUGAAGACAUUGACAUCAAAUUCAAGAAAAUUAACGUGGUAGAAAUUUCAUGACUACCUUGCAUGUGAAUUCACUGCUUAUUACGCGUACAGCAAUGCCCUGAUGAAUCUAAAAUCUACAACUACCAAAAAAUGGUUUUUGCGUCUGAUCUGCAUUGACACUGACUUUUUCGCCUCUUUAAACGGCUAUACAGACCUCCCACUCAUAUGUUAUCUAUUAGUUGAUUGUGUAUCUGUAGCCUGAGAAAAACAGCCGAGAUUCGGCGACGCUACCACUGGUUUCCCCGCCAAAUGACGUCUGAGAAACGAGCGCAGAAAUUCCAUACUGAUGACGCGUUACUACCCAGAUCUGGGUAGUGCUUCUGAUUGGUUGAAAUAAAUUUCCCACGCGGCACGACCAAUCAGAAGCUCUACUCAGAUCUCUGCUGGGAAGAGCGCCUUUAAAUUAGCAAGCUUGCCAGGCUUGAAAAUGAUUUGUUGAAAACUAACGAAGAUAUAGCUCCUCAAAGUCGCGAAAUUGUACAGACGUUUAUAUGGUGGGGGCACAAACUGCCCCCACCCCCACCCCACCUUCCGCCCUAACAACCAUACAAACGUGUAAAUUUUCGCAAAUUUGAGGGGGGCUAUAACCUUCGCUGGCUUAAGAUGAUUCGCUUUCACACUUGGCGAGUUUAUUAAUUUUCCCAUGGUGUCGUGAAACCAUGUGGACGGGUCGAUUCCUCAGUUCAUCGCCUCUUCCAUACGGUGUUAUGUAUACCUUUUACUACUGAUAAAGGCCAAAGAGAAAGUUCAUUAAAAAACUUUCUUUUUUUCAAAGUCCCUCAAACUAAAUAGUACUAUGCAAAACUUCUGCCAAUUCGACAGCGCGGGAGCAACCCCCAACCCCUUACGCUAACAGUCAAUAAAUCCCCCGUAGUUUGUAUUUCCAUAAGCACGCUUGACGAUCGCUAAAGAGAAAAUAGAGGGUCUUUGAACAGGCUAUCCAAUUUGUUUAUAGUAAAUUGUGAUGGUGCUGUACAUUCAUUGCGACGGUAUGUUUGUCUUUGUCUCUCGAAGGACUUCACUUGGCCCAUGGAGGGAUUUUUGUUGCCUUAUGCUCCACCAGUCAAGAAGCCCUCACACAAGAAAGCAGUCACUACAGGUAAUAUUAAUUUACUGAAGGCAUGCAGGGGAUUAUUCAUCCUCGGAGACCCAGGGGCGGUCAGUCGGAUCGAGGAAAAAUGGUGGCAGUCUGUUCUUGAAGACUUUGGUCGCCGUUUUUCCGACGCAACUGACCGCCCUUGUGUCUCCAAGGGAGGGGCUUAUUCACUGGGCACUUGGCAGUGCAGAACUUGCUCAAACGCAUUAGAUAAUUUCAACCAUUUGUUCAGUCAUUUACAGGGCGUUGAAUCAAGAGUUUUCCAGUUUGCCGUGUGUUAAAACCUAAGGGUGCGUUUCGAUUGAGAAAUCUGGAAUUUUACUUGGAAAUCCAGCGGAUUUAGAAUUUUACAAUCAAAAGCAAAAUCCGGAAACGGAUUUCAGCUUCGAGAAGUCCGCCCUCGAGAUGGAUUUCAAAAAAGAAAUCCAAAUACCGUUAUGCUUACGCGUGCGAGACCGCUGUUCUUGAGAAGAGUUGAGUUUUUUCAAAUGACGUCUGAGAAACGAGCGCAGAAAUUCCAUACUGAUGACGCGUUACUACCCAGAUCUGGGUAGUGCUUCUGAUUGGUUGAAAUAAAUUUCCCACGCGGCACGACCAAUCAGAAGCUCUACUCAGAUCUGGGUAGUGACGCGUCAUCAGUAUGGAGUUUCUGCGCUCGCUUCUCAGACGUCAUUUGGCGGGGAAACCAGUGGUAGUCUCAGGUUAGUAUCUGUGUGGAAGGCUCCUUUUGCUAAAUUGCUUAUCUGUUUUCUUUUUUUUUUCUUUUGUAAGAUGCUUCAUGAUGUCAGUGGAUCUAAACGUCCUUCUACAAAACACAAAAGGUAACUACAGUCAACUCUGUCGUAAGUGACCACCCUUGGUGCAUGACAAAGGGGUCGCUUACGGGAGGUGGUCGCUUAAAAGCAGUGGUGGCUAUGAGGCAGUUGACUGUAUCCCCUUUUCUCUGCCGUUGACUAUGAUGGAAGCUGGAGUUGGAAUCUGAUUUGGCAGAGUUGGAUGGAUCUAUGUGAUAUAUAUCUAGCCAAUUUUUUGAAAAGUAACCUGACGAAAUUUUUCAGUCAUUUGAGUGAAAAGGGGUCAAACGGCAGAGUUUUUUUCGUGCCCGAGAAGCUCGAAAAUCACACCAACGAAGGAAAAGGAAAGGAGAAAACGAAAAAUCGAGGAGGAAGAAAGGAGGAGAGGCGAAAAAAGCAAUGGUUGCACUCUUACUUUUUACAAUGGCUACUUUGGAGAUUUUUGACCGAAAAAAACUGUUUGUUUACUUUUCCCAGCAUAAUACUUGUUUUUUUUUUAACAAUUUUUUUUUGUCAGGAGAUCUACUGUUGAGAAACAUGUUGAACAGGCCGGCGAGGAUGAAGCUGGCUCCUGCCAUCCCCUUGACCUUAAAAGACUCGAGCUUGACCUGGUAAGACUGCAGGAAAUAGCAAAAUAACUAUGUACACCUCUUAUCGCAAACAGUCAGUUGUUCUUGCAAAAAAAAGUCGCGGAAAGGUCAGUGUAACCAUUUCUCUCUCAGGCCUAGGUCUGACGUCGAACUUUUCAUGAGACGAACCAAACUCUAAUUUGGAUCGACCUAAAGUAACUUAAUUGUCUGUUGGGUCCGACGAACCAAAUCAAAUCAGUAAUAACUUUUCUCCCCAAAGAGGCUAAAGAUACAUUAUCAUACAAAUUUUUAAUUUAUUGGUUUCGUAGUCUGCUAUGUAGCAGACUAACUUAUCCGUUGAUAAAACACAUGUGGAAAAAACCGUGAUUUUAAAUAUUCUUUACUUGUCAUGGCCAAGAGUCCAGAGGCAGUUUUUUUCUGUGGGAGUCCGCUACCUUUUUUCGGUAUGUGCAAAUGUGAUUGUAUCGCAUCGUAUCCCGUGUUUUCUAAUUACGCGCAUUUCCUCAAAUAAGCGCCCAUGCCCUGGGCCACAACAUCAAAUAAGUGCCUCCCCCCUUUCCCUUACUUUCCAAAACAGUAAGGCUGCAAGGAAAACCAGUUUCUAUUGCCACUGUAUAUGACGAUAUUUGAUGAGAUAAGCUAUAUUUUAUGACCUUGCAUAUCGAUACAUCUUUAUUCAAAGUGUAAAUUGGGACUACGGUAUGCUUCAUUACAACAGCUGCUCUAACAAAAGAAAAAUGUUAAUAUUGACGUUACCUUUGUGUAGAUUUUUUUUCAUAGCGAUUUAGCCAAAAUAAAGUUACAGUUCGUUGAAAUGAAUAAUUAAUAAGCUCCCCUUUGAUUAAGCGCCUAUCCUUUUAGCCGAAAUUUUGAAUACGCGCCCGUUUCGGAGGAAAUCCCGUACAGUCGAGGCUCUCCUGGCGACCACUCUCGUAAGCGAUCAGCUGACGUGAAGACCACUUUUUCGAAUUUCCGAGGAGGUCAGGUCGCUAACGAGAACUUCGACUGUAUUUGGUUUUCAAUCUGUUUUUCCGUCGUCAAUUCAUAUUCCAACUGGCACAAUUUCCAUCAGUUUUUGGACAGAUGUACCGACGCUGUAGGCUUGCCAUUCGCUGCAAGACGACUGUACACCAAGGAUGGAAAAGAAGUGCGUAGACUUUCUGAUCUUCAAAGAGACGAGCUUGUGUAUGUUACAUGUGGUGAGCCCUGGAGUGAUCCACAGCUGUCCUACUCUGAACAGCAGAGACGAACGGUGCUGGCAAACUUAGCAUCUGAUAUCUGUCACAUCAGACAAUAUUGUGCCUUGAGGGAUCCAGCAGGUAGGGCCGCCUCUCCAGAACGGCCACUUUCUUUGCCCUGGCGGACAGUCCAUACAUUGACUGUUGUUUUAACCUCUUUACUAUGUCCAGUUAGGUUUGAAUCAGCAGCAUUUUUACCCUUUCAGCCACAAUAUUAGAACACAAAUUCUCCCAAUGGAUCUCCAUACGUUUCCUUGCAUAAUUAGCUGGGAGAAUUUGAUAAAGGAUCAAAGCAUUUUCCCUGUGGUGAUCAUUUUAUCAAUUCUUAUAACCUUUUCUCUUGAUUGUGUAUCGAAAUUGUUAGGAGAAAAUGGAUGGGACUCAUAGGGUUUAUGCUAUUCACUCUUCGCAUUCUCUGUUUUUGCUAGACUUAGUUCUUCAAGUUGAUGGAGCGGCUACCACUGGGUCACCGUUAUCUGUUGCUAAAUGUGCACUGAGUUCGGAGGAGCGAGAAAAGCUGGCAACUGGUCGUGGUGAUGAGGAAUCACCAGGCUUGAGACGUGAGGAGAGGUAUUACCGUAAAUCAUCUAUUAGGCCCCUCGGGGGGCUUACUUAUUUCAGGCCCAUUUCAGGGGGAGGCUUAAUAGAGACGGGGGGCUUAUUUGAGAGGGGGGACUUAUUCAUUUUAUCCCUAUUUACCCCCUUACCCCUUAGUCCAUCGCGGUAAAAUUAACAGUCGUGUUGUUAAAUUAAGAAGGGCACUGUCAAUUAAUCAGUGAUACUCUAAAGCUACUGAGCUACCGUAAAUCCUCUAUUAACCCCGGGGAGAGGGUUAUAUAUUUCAAACACAUUUGAAGCGGGGGGCUUAUUUAAUUUAGAAAAGACGAUGGUAUCAGUUCCCCAUAAAGAGCUGGAAAACAAAGUGGAAAAGCACAAGUACAAGACGGUUGGAGGUCAAGCAGCCGAGGAUCACAAUCUAAUCCGAACUUCCAGUUGGUAAAUCAGUCCGCACGAAGUUUUACAGUCGUGAUUGAUAAAUACAGUCUAUCAUAUAUUAGUAAAGACUGAUCAGGGGGCGGGGGCUUAAUAGAGAGGUGGGGGUAUUAACUUUCUUCCCCUGAAAAUAUGGGGCUUAAUAUAGGAUUUACGGUAACUAAAUUUAGAGUCACGUUUACGCUUAACGGUUAUGGUAAUGUGGUGGAUAAGAAGACAACAGUACGUGCCCUCUGCCUUACGUUAUACAUGAACAGUAAGGCACUGGCUGAUGGUAUUGGUCCAUUAAUGAGCUUUGUAAUUAGCAAUUAUUGAAUGAGGCUGAGUAUCAUUUGAAGAAUAUUUUAUUAAGGAGAUCAUGAAGGGUACUAUCCGCCGAAGCCGAUCAGGCCGAGGCGAAUAACACCCUCCCGGAUCAGUAAACGUGAUCAGAUUGUAAACUUCAUCAUCAUCUUCAUCGUCAUCAUCGUCAUUGCCAUCGUCAUCGUCAUCGUCAUCAUCAAUAUCAUCAUCGUCACCAUUAUUAUCAUCAUCAUCAUCAUCAUCAUCAUUAUCAUCAACAUCAUCAUCAUCAUCAUGACCGUCAUCAUCUCAAACACCAUCGCUAUCGUUAUCAUCGUCAUUGUCAUCAUAUGUUUACAUUUUUCAAAUUCGAUAAAUUCAUAAGUGAAUUUUUUUUAUCUGUUCUUUUAGCCAAGAGGAUAUUUACAGUCAUGCUCUAAGCGCUCACGAGCGUUCUCAUAUCCGUGCUGAGCAGCGUCUUAAGACGUUGCAGUGGCCUUGGGAGAAUGAAAAGACACUCAAGGACGACCCGUCUGUGGAUGACAAAGAAGACAAUGAUUUCCUUGAUGAGGUGAUGUUCUCUGAUCGACAGCUGCAGCGGAAAUUUAGGUACUGAAUUUAAUGUCUCUCAGUAGCAUUAAUUGACGGAUCGUUCAGCAGCACUUCAGAAUGUCAUCCACAGCCACUAAAGUCAAAACCAGCCACAGCAAAAUAGACAGUACCAUAGUAAAUGUACUACUCGGUGGCUUUCAUUUGUAUGUUCAUACUUAAAGACUUUAUCCAGAUUCGCAAAAGUUAAAACAACCUUGUGCAGCUUAAUAAGGAGUACCACAGGAAAAUACUGGUCAGCAGCUUUUAUUUGACUGGUCACACGUUAGGAUUUUUAAUUCACCCAGAGAAUCAACAGUUAGAACCACCUUGCACAACACCUUUCAUUUGAACGGUCACACUUUAGGAUUUCAUCCACAGACUCAAAAGUAAGAACCACCUUGCACACGUUCAUAAACAGUACCACAGGAGAGUACUGGUCAGUGGCUUUCACCUUGAAUCGUCACACUUGAGGAUUCCGUUCUCAGACUCAAAAUUUAGAACCACCUUGUACAACAUCACAAACAGCUCUACCGGAAAGUACUGUUCAGUAGCUGUCAUUUGAAGGGUCACACUUGAAUUCGGUUAAGGGACUCAAGACUUUGUUUGAACCACCACCAGCUUAAUAUACAGCAGUACAACAGGAAAGUGCUAUAAUAUUAAAUAGGAAAUAGAGCCUCAUUUUAGAUUACGUUCUAGCAAAUAUUGUCAGAAUUUAGGCCGUUUUAGAGUCUUUACUGCAGCCGUGACUGUGAUUAUUUAUUAAAAGCCCUUGUGUGCUUGCUCUUCUUAUUAGACGGCAGGUUCUAAAAACUCAAGAUGCAAAGCCGGCUGAUCCUUGCCAGAGACAAAGAUGGUCGUUGAAUAAUGAUGGUUUUAUCUGCCUUAAGGGAACACCGUUGGUAUUAGGACUUACUGAAUCCUCUAAUGAGGUAAAGGACCUCGACAUUUUCGGUUUCUUUAUGUACAGACUAAUCUCCUACGCAGCCGUUUUGGUCUCGUCUGCGUGGGAGAUUGUAUACAUACGCGCGGGUUGGCGGGUACUUCCUUAUUAUUGCCUAUACAAAGACUGUCGCUGGAGACAGUGUAAGAUUUUUUGGCCUCCCCUUCCUGAACAAGGAAUAUAAAUGUACGCUUCCACUAUACAGGUUCUUGAUUUUUUUGUAAUUGCAUAUUUGUCAUUAAAAUAGAAUUUCUUUUGUUAUUGUCCCAUUUGACGUGAAGGUACCGAUAAAAUGCCACGACAUCACUUCCUAGCACACAUUGAAUUAUAUCCUUUCGUCUAAAGAACGACGACCUAAUGUGGUAAUGACAUUGUACACUCUAUUUCCCAUAGAUUCUGUUCGAUCCGUUUAGUCAGAAUUAUUCUUCAUGCUUUCCCGAUGCGCCUUGUGCAGUAAUUUUUAUGAUGGCUGUUGUUUUUCAGGGAAAAUCUGAAGUUAUUCUUUGUAAGAAAAAGCUCGAGGAUUUUACGCAGAGAUGGGUUGUGGCGGAAGAUGGGUGAGAUUCACAUUCAAGUAUUUGUUUUCUUUCAUAUAUUUAUUGAUAUUAUAGUCUAGACCUUUUUCAGGAAGCAGUUUCCUUGUACCGCCUGUAACGUUAUCUAAGUUGAAAGAUGAUUUAAUUGGCCAUAUUGUUAUGCCAGAUUGUGUUGAAUGGUUAGAGUUGCCAUUAACAUACUACAAUUAUUGGGAUAGACAAAUUAAAGUUACUUUAAAUUGCAUUGCCAAAUCAUGCUCUUCGCAAAAUGGCCAAUUAAGUAUAUCUGACUUUUUACCAACCAUUCUUGGUUUUUCCGUGAACAUUAGUGAGUUUACUCAACAGGACGGCAGAAAGAAGAGGACGGCAAAACGCUUGUGUGUGACAAAGGUCACAGGGCUACGGCGUCUUUUGUCGUGAUCUUCACUAAACCUUAAAGUUUUCUGGUCUUCUACAGAAAGUCCUCUUUAAAGGAGGGUGAAGUUUGGCGGGAAGUUUUUUUCAACCAAAAUUAUUGUCACGCUUGUCACACAAAGUUUGUCGUCUUCUUUGCCAAGACAAGACAAGACAUUUAUCAUGAUAGUAUUGCUUACAAUUUCUUGGCACGCAGUUAGCAAAAACGCUAGUCGUGGCGUGGCAAAUUAAUUCUAUUACAAUCAGAUAUCACGUGAUAAUAAGUAAAAAGCAAAGAGAAGAGAAAAGAAAAGAAAGAAUAUUUGAAAAUAGCAUCCUUUUCUGUCACUUUGCUUUAAAGGUUUUAGGUAAUAGAAUUUAACAGAGGUUCAAACUAAACUAGAGCACAAAAUAGCGCGACCUCGCUCAAAGGCCAUGCGCUGACUGGCCACUCCCAUCGUGACAUGCCACUCCAGUCGUGCUGCGUAAGUUCACUGUUACUGAGGUAUGGAUGAAGUCCUGUGUCAUAUAAGUUACCGGCCUGCGGCGAUGUAAACGGCAUUACGUAUAACAAAAGACCAAAUAUGAUCGUGGCUAACCGCCAUGUUGUUACGCUUUACUGCAGCUUUAUAUAUCAGCGUUCCAAUCAGCAGCUUGUUUUAACAGUUACCACACCUCCCCUGGGGAGCGAUCCGUUCAACCAUGACUACACCCCCGCACAAGGCUUUGAAGGCGCAGCCGUGAUUGUAGCCCAUCGCAAGAGUUGCGCAAAUGGAAAUGCAAAUCAGUUGUGGCGGUUUGAUCCUAUCACUGGCUUUAUUGAGGCCAUGGCUGCAGACACAACGAACAAAGGUAUUCUGUGUACUCUCAUUUCUCUCUCAUUUCUUGUAGUCACCUUACUAACACGGGCACCUUUCUCAUACCGACUGUCGGGUCGGAUAGCAGUUAACUCCCUGAUAUGUCUGGCAGUUUUUCAAUGGGGAAGGGGAAGGAAGAAUUCAGGCGCUCGAGAACACAAUGGGAAGAGGGAGCUCUUCCUUCCACGUGCGUCACAGAAUCUCGCUAUUUCGGACAGGAGUUGUAUGAUGUAAAUAGAACCUACAACUGACAUUCCGAUUGUCGUCAGUUUGAUUUACCCUGUUCGAUUUUGUCUUAGAUUAUCUAAGGCUCGUCGUAUUCGUGAAAGUAUUACUGUAUAAAUCGUUCUUUAUAAUUAAGAUUUAAUUGUUGCUUAUCCAUCGAACUUGGUGUAGAUUUCAUUAUUUGUUAACACCCACCGGAAAUAUUUUUAAGGAAAUUCUUUUUACGCCCCGCUAUUACGGACUCUCGCAGUUAACGACACGAAUUUGCGGUCCUAAGGCUUUCCGCAAUUACGGGGAUUGAGUGUACUAUAAUUCAAGUUAUCUCUCGAUUGUUCUUUUUAAGUAACAGCUUCAGUUCCAGCUUAACCUGUCCUUAGUUGCUUUGUUCGAUGGAUGUUAAUCGACAUAUAAGGAAUUGUCGUCGUAGCACAAAGUAGAGGAUGAGUUACAAACGGUUGAAGAAGAGCUCGCGUUGGCAUGUCCGUCUGCCAUCAUUGGCGUCCACGACUUCUGGGGUAACCGCACCUGUUGUCUCCUUCCAUCCAUACAAGUUUCCUUAGUUCUUAUAUUUUCUGUUCCUUGCUUUAUUGAUAAUUUCAGAAAUCAGUGCUGCCAACAAAGCUAAUGUGUGUACAUUUGCUGUUCUCGGACCUCAACAAGUUCCUCAACCAGUACGUAACUGCUGAUAAAUAGUUUCAUCGCUAUCCACCGGAUAAAUCUCUAUCCAGUGGAUACUUUUUAGGGAAACCAGUUACACUAUACACUGGUUAGAGAUUUAUUCAGUGGAUAGUGUUAUCCAUCUUUUGAACAUCUGGCCCCAGUUGUUCGAAAAGUGGAUUACCUUAUCUACUAGAUAAAUCUCUAUCCAGUGGAUAGCGCAGUUGGUUUCUCUGAUACUUAUCCGCUAGAUAGUCAUUUAUCCGGUGGAUAGCGCUAUUCAACGUUUGAACAACCAAGGCCAGGGGCCAGAUCGUCAUAACUCAGCCGAACUGGUACUUAGAAACCACAUCGAUAGGGCAGUGAUGUCCAUCCUCGGAGACCCAGGGGUGGUCAGUUGGGUCUGGAAGAGCGUAAGCCUGUAACAAUACAUCAAACUAUCGAUUAAUCGCGAUAUUAACGCUGCGAUAGCGAUCAAUCGAUAGUAAAAAUGAAACAUCGAUAACAAUCGCUACAGUGUAGCGAACUAUCGAUAGUUUCGUUAGUUUCUAUAUUAUAUACUAAAGAUAUCCUUUUUUUACCCAUUUUUGAUUCUCAAGGUCACAAUAACAGUAAAAAAGAAACUAAAAACAAUCUACCGUCCUGCUGCACCUACAUCUAGAAUGUUUUAGCGUCUUGAUUCUAUCUGUGUGAAAUAGUAUGAAAUUUGCUGCAUGCAUAAUAAAUAUAUGAGUUUAUACCGAAAUUUUACCAAUUAUGGAAUUUCUUCACGAGCCAAACAUGUACGGCCAACAGUCGAGUUUGCAGGUAAACUCCUUCGCAUAAGAAGAUCAAGAAAGCGGUGCGAUAGAUGCUAACCACUGAUUGGGCACAAAUACCGUGCGAGCAGAGGUUUCUCUUUUGCAUGGCUUUUACUCACGGGGCGUAAACAAACCAACUGUGCGACGACAAGCCACGCAAAAUGACUUCGAAGACGCUAAAAGCCAUACAAGAGAGAAACCUUUACUCGCAAGGUAGGGCACAAAAAAUCACCGACAAACAUUCGAAUGAGUCGUGGAACUGGUUUAUUAAGAGUAGCACCCCAGAGGCUCUCUCACCCGUUCUUGAAACUUCCGGCACCGUAACUGACAGCCCCUGGGUCUCCGAGGAUGUGGUGGUCCAGUUCGGAGACCGAAUAUUUUCUCUUCCUUCAUGUGCACCCGUUAAGAGUCGUUGCCACUUUAAAGGCAUUUUUAGGCAUUCCUUUCUGCCAAUUAUUGUUCAGAAAGUAUAAUUUUAGCGGGUAAAAGCGCUUAUAACCCUCAAGUGAUCAGUGGCAAAUGAAUGAACUUUAACUUCUUCUUUAGGGCUACGUAUACAUGGCGGGAACAACUAAGGAGACUUACCUUUGUGAAGCUUGUGGGAAAUCUUCUAGAGGACGACACAAGCUGCAGCGUCUCCAUCAGUACCAUUCUGGCUUUGCUUGUGCACUAGGAACAGGUAACUACUUUACGGCUAUAGCAGGUUACAGAGAUCAGUUUAAAAAUCAACGAUAAUCAGACUUCAAGAUAUCAAGCCAGUUUUAAUUGAGUUAAUGUAGGAAAGCCGAUCGGCAUCACAAUAUAUUGUACCAAGAUACGCCCACUUCUCGAAUAUGCGUCCCCAUUGUGGGGCGGUUUGCCGAAGUACCUUGCAGAAGAGUUGCAGUCUAUACAAAACAGGUACCUAGAUAUCAUCGGGAUACCAAGAACAUCCCUUCCAACGUUAGAGGACAGAUGCAAAGAAGCGACAAAGCGUGAAUUAGAAAGAAUUGUGAAUGAUAUUAGCCACCCAAAACAAAUAGUUCUCGCAAAGCAAAAUACGAAGCGACGGCUAUAACUUAAGUUCUCAACCAUGUUCAGUAGCAAUACAAAGUCAGGAAGGCAAAGACGUACUAACUCCUUUUUAGCAAGAGCUGCAAGACUCCUCCUUUUUUUAUCUGUAUAUUUCUACUUACCUUAAUUAGAAAUUCACUUAAUAGUAUUUCAUAGUAUAUGUUUUCCCUUUAAUUGUGUUUUAUUAUUAUUGUUAUUAUUAUCAUUUAUUAUUACUAUUAUUAUUAUUAUUAUUAUUAUUAUUAUUAUUAUAUUAACUCAGUCUUUAGUUAAACUUUAAGCCGUAAGAGCGAUCAGUAACAAAUUUAGUUUCCCCUUGUAAAAUGAAUGCUUUACAAAAAACACAUUGUUAAUGAGAAUAAAGGACAUGAUCACACAAGAUGAAUCUAAGUGAUACUUCAACAAAUUCUCCCGAUUACUUCUACGGGAAACGCGUAGAGACAUCAAAUGCGAAUCUGAAUUUUGAUGUUUGGCUUUAAAGGGUUAAAGCGAGUCUCAAUCAUCUUGCCCCAAUUGUUCAAGAAUGAAUAGCACUAUUCCACUUUUGAGCAACUGGGGCCUGGGGCCCGUUUCUCGAAAGUCCCGGUGACUUUACGGGCCCGAAAUCAAAUAUUCAAAUCGAAAUAUAAAGAAUAAGAGCGUGGGUCCUGGCUAGCAAACUACUCCAUUUUGUUUCAUCAACUGAUAGUUUUAUCAUGAUAGAUGCAAAACUAUUGAAACCUCGAUCCUUAAUGUAAACGGAGACAGCUUACCGGGCCCGUGAAUUAUCGGGACUUUCGAGAAACGGCCCCCUGCACAUAACCAGUGACAGACUUGGAAAGAACGAUUCAGCUUCUCAUAACCGAAUGGAGAAAGCUUCUCACGAGGGAAAUGUCUUUUAUCUUGAACAAUAUCAAAUCAUGGUUUAUCAGUGGUCUUUGUUAUUCACAAGAUGUAUUUCAAUGACGCUCCGCCAAAGUAUUGAAGUAAUAUAGAGCGAUUUUCGUAUGACCUUGAAGAAUGGUUUCGAUAAGUGGUCGUAAUUUGUUUUAUCAGCCAAUGGAUGAAAAGAUCAAACCAUGGCCUCUUCGUUUUCCCGCCAAAUAAAACUCUAAUUUAAAGAAGGCAUUGUUCGAUUGGCCAAUCGUGUUGCAGUAUGACGCCAAAGCGUAGUAUCGAUUGAUUUCUAGAAAGUUCUCGGGCUUGAAGUUUUUUCACCCAAGCGUUCGCUUAACAAACCAAAAACCACGCGCGUUUGUAUCAGUUCGAUAAACCAAUCAAAUCGCUCUAUUUCCGUUUGUUUAUUGUUUCUGUUUUGUUCGCGCGUUUUCAUUUCAAGGUCAUACGAAAAUCGCUCUAUCAAGCAUGAGACGCCGUGUUUCAUCAUCAGAUGAAACACCGAGAAGAGAGUUGAAAAUACGACUCGCGCAGCGGAGUAUUUUUGACGAUUUUCGAGGUGUCUCAUCUGGUGUUGAAACAGUGUCGAAUGCUUGAUAUUACUUCUCAAAAAAAAUCAGGAUUUUAGCGGGAGAAAUUAAGGAUAUAAAAAUGAGCAGUUUUUCAUCUGAUUUCCAAACACUCAUUAAAUAAAAUUUUCUUUGUAUUUUCUUUAUAAAUUAUUAAUGAGUUUGAGAAAGGUACAUAUACAGCAAUCAGCAGAAGUCCAUCUCCCUUUAAUAAAGUAUCCCAAAAAGUGUUGGUUUUGAUCUGGAUUUCACUGUUUUGCAGCUCAAGAACAAGGCCUUCGGCUCAGCAGUUCUUUCAAGUGCUUGAACAGCAAGGUAUGUAAGAAGUUACUGUUCUUCUGUUCUCCCAUCCUGUGGUGAAUAUGAAAAAUUAAGACAGCAUAGAACGUCGUCUUACUGUCGUGCAUAACUUAAUUCGUAAAUAAUUAUAACAUUAGAAUGCAUUUCAAAAUUUAGCUGAAGCGGCUCUUUUUAUUCUUAUCGUAUUCGGCUAAUUAAAAUUCGACUUUUGAAACCAAGCCGAGCUACUUUUAUGCUACAGUUGAGCUAGUCUAGCACAGCAGUCUAUGACGCACAUGAUAUGUGCGUUAUUGACCAAGCUUUUUCGGUUAACGUGGCUGGAUGAAGCAAAAUGAAACUGAGAACGAGGCCAAGAUCUAGCUAUCUUGACCAAACCUGGCCCCAGUUGUUCAAAAGGUGGAUAGCGCUAUCCCCAGGAUAAAUCUCUAUCCAUUGGAUAACGCAAUUGGUUUCUAUGAUUGUUAUCCGAUGGAUAGCACCAUCCUACGUUUGAACAACUGGGGCCUGUUGUUCAAAAGCCGGAUAGCGUUAUCCACCGGAUAAAUCGCUUUCCAGAGGAUAUAUAAGUAUUGUGGUAACCAAUUGUACUAUCCAGUGGAUAGCGUUAUCCACGUUUUGAACAACUGGGACCUGCGUAAUCAACAAUUUAUUAUAUGGCCAAAAGAACGUUUUUUUUUUCUUGCGGAACCAAAGCGAAAAUCCAGAGCGGGCAAGAUAGGGUCAUCUUGUACGCCUGCUGUGUUAGCCAAUCGCCCAAUCAGAACACAGGAUUGACUUCGUCUUGCCCUCCCGUGGACCCAGCCAUUUAUUAAGUGUUCUCCGCACCUAGGACUGACAAAUCAUAGCGUGUAAACCGGUCUUUAUAUUUGCCAACAGGUUGAUUUGUCCACCUUAGAGGCUGAAGCCACCCUGGACCUGUGGGAACACCAGCUCGGUAGGCUCAGAAAUGAAGGCAGUGUACGGACUAUCACUCGUGAACUACAUAUGGCUCAGAGCGUACCUGCUGUCAGAAUAAAGGCCUUCAAGAAUGGAGAGGGCAGCAGGAAUGAGGGCGAAAUACUCAUUGGCUCUAGUAUUCACUCGGUGUGUAUACAUAUGAUGUGAUAAAUUAGGGUUUUUAUACCUUUACCAAAAGCACCUAAACCCUGAAUUGGGGUGAAAUGACAAUGCUAAAAGAAACAGGGCAAAAUCAUACACAUAAACCAAUUAGUAAACCAAUAAGUCCUCUAUUGGACUUACUUUUUAAGAUCGAAUUAAAACCACUUUGUUUUUAACACAGACAAGCCUUUCUUAGCAGAGACUUCUUUAAGACGGAAAACCCUCUAAAAUGGACAGCUAGAGUUUUUAACUCUCUAUAUGGCUGACAACCUCUAACUCUCUCAAACGGUCACCUUCAGUUGGUUCUUUGCCCUUCUUCAGUCGUUUUCUUUGACUCUCUAUAAGGCGAACACCUCUGAAACGAACACCUAGAGUUGGUCCCUUACGUUCUUCAGUCAUUUUCUUUGACUCUUUCUAAGGCAGGCUCCUCUUUAAGUUGGACACCUAAAGUUGGUCCCUUCCGUUCCUCAGUCAUUUUCUUUGACUCCGUAAAAAACGAUCACGUACAGUUGAUCCCUGCGUAUUUUUAAGUCAUCUUUUUUUUUCACACUCUAUAAGAAAGACUCCUCCCUCGUUAACUGUGCUUUCUUUUACUGGUUGUGUUAGCUUCUGGACCAGUGCACUGUAAGACUCGGAUUACCAUCAGCAGCUCGCCGUCUGUACACUUGUUGCGGAGAACUUAUUACGGAUAUUCAACAACUUAUCAGACCCUAUACAUACAACACAGUACAAUAUAUGGACAGCGGAGCACCACAAACAGACGCAGAGAACAGUGGCAAGGUUUGAUUUACUAACAAGUUUGUUUUCAUGCUUUGUUAUCGUUUCCUGCUGAUGACAAUAAUGUGACGCUAACAACCCCUUACCACAAUCAUUUGUUAAUGGGCUGGCAAGUGUUAUUGUACUCCAUCCAUUUUUUCCGUUUCUUUUGAGCUUUUGAGUUCUUAUCGGCAAUAAGACACCGAAAGGCGCUCAUUGGGCUGCCGUAAGAUCUUGACCAGACAGAAAUAUUGUAUUGUAUGAAAACGAGAAGUUUACCCGAGCAGUCAGCCAUCAGCUCUGUUCAGGCCUGAGCUCUUUUAUAAAGGAAAAACAACCCCGCUAAAUCCAUCCCGAUCAACGGGCUAUAAAUAGAUGAUGAUUUAAUUUAUGUUCGUCACGAAAACGCAUUUUUCUACAAGGUAAAAAUAUUACGUUACAAGAUGAUUUUUUCCCCUUUCCAUUUCUUGUAUAUUUUUUUCAACUUUGCAUUUUAAAGAUCACCCAGUAUGGAUUUCAUCGACACAUGCUUAAAACAAGUAAAUAGAUCAAAUGAUCGAUAGCAGGUUUUAUUCACCGUAAUGUGAGUCGACGAUUUGCUCGAGACUGCUAUUUGUCUCACUAGUGACCAAUGUAUUUUCAUUGAAGAAAGUUAUCCUGUUCUUGACACCUCGACGCCUUUCAAGUUUUAUCGCGAGUUGUGUAAAGGUGUGAUUGAAAAUUCUCUCCAAUCAAGGCUAUGUCUUUUUCUUAGGUUCCCGAAGAAAGAAUCGCCCGGAAGGGCCAUGCAGUAGACGUUGUUGAAGCUGAAAACAGGGCUUUUUACAAACCCAAGGAAGGAAAGCUAACAGCAGCUGAACAAAGAGAGAAAGAACUGUUAGAAACAGAGGCAUUUGAAAACUUACACAUCAAUGAUAAUGAAGAGGAGGAGGACGAAGACGAGCGGUCAUCCGGGAAUUUAACUUAUCGUGUGAGCGAGGGAAGGACUGGUACCGUGCCUGUUGUCAGCAGCAAAGAACAACAAGGUCUCCCAAGAUGGGACACAAGGUGGCCUAUUGACGUUUGGGUGUCCUGUGGUGAGCCGUUUGUGCCGUUGGAAGGUAUGUUUCGGGAUUGCCCCAGCGUUUGUGCGAAGCUUAUAAAUAGCCACCGCAAAAUGCUGAGUACUUGCCCCAAAGCAUACAAACGUCUCUAAAUUUUCGCAAGUUGCGAAGCUAUGGCUUCACUCGCUUAAGACGUAUCGCUUUUAAACUUGGCAAUUUUACUACCUUUUAAGCGUUCUUUCCAGUGGUGUCGACAGAUUUUCCUUAACUGGUCCAUGUCAAAAGCUGAACAACCCUGGAAGGGUCUAUUGACUUUCAUAAGGACGGCCAUCUAUUAAUGCCCCAUGGUAUAAUACAUUGAAAUUUUGAACCUCAAGGUUAAUAAACAGCCUAAAUUCGUGUCUUCGCAAUCAAACACUUUAAUUUUACCCCCGAGUUUCCGUUGUUCAAACAGUAUUUGUUUUCCCAGAGGGUUCAAAAAGGGGGGGGGGAAUGCUAUCGCACAAUGCCUAAAUCUUCGUCACGCUUGUCUUGUUCUGUGGCAAGUUUCAGAAAACCCUACGUCUGAUGCAACUGCCAACCUUCAUCUGGACUGAACAUGGCGUAAAUCCCUUUUUAACCACCCCCCCCCCCCCCCCCCCCCUGGGGGGGGGGAGAUGUACCCCACAAUCCCUAAUAUCUGCUCGCGUUUGUUUUUUUUUGGGAAACGUCUAAAAAAACACUACAUCUCAAGCAACCCCCCACCCUUAUCCGGACAGAACAUGGGGUAAAACCCUUUUUAACCCCCCCCCCCCCCCCCACUCAAAUAAAGCCCCCUCUUCCUUUUCAGAGAAAGAAAGUUAAUAAGCUCCUCCUCUCUUUUAAGCCCCAUUCCCCUCCCCCUUUUUAUUCUUCACUAAUAAAUGAUAGACAGUAUUAAUCAGUCACGAUUGUAAAACUUUGUGUCGAUUGAUCGUGGAUGGUUUAUUCACUAACUGGAAGUUUGGAUUUGUUUUUGAUCCUCGACUGCAUGAUACCCAACUACUUGUGCUUUCUACAAUAGUUCUUCAUGGAGAACUGAUACCAUCGUCUUUGCUAAAUUAAAUAAGCCCCCCCCGUCUCUGUUGAGCCCCCCUCAAAUAUGUUUGAAAUAAAUAAGCCCGGGGGGGGACUUAAUAGAGGGUAAGACGUUAGCUGAUACGUCCGACGUAACAUUCCUGUUUCCUGACGUCCUUUGUCCCGAUUAGAAUCAUAUCCUUCGCAGAACCUAGAUCCUACUCAGAGCCUCUUGUCAAAUCUCUUAAUUUACUUAACUCCAAUGAUAUUAUCAAGUUACCGGUACUUUCCUUUGUUUAUCAGUGGUCACGUAAACUGUUACCUUCUUGUUUCAAUGAGUGUUUUUAAUUUACUACUUCUGUCCAUCCCUAUGUAACGCACCAAUCAUGCUCUGGUAAACUUUAUGUAGCCUCUGUCAAUACCACUCAAUAUGGCUUGCGUUCCCUAAAAUUUGCUGGUUCUCGCUUUUGGAAUUCUCAGUCAACAAAUAUAAGUAACUUAAAAUCUCUUAGGCUAUGUUGUAAAGCCCUAAAAGAACUCUAUGCUUUGUUGUUAUAUUGAUUAAUUAAUUAUCUUCCUUAGCGUGAAGAAAUACUUUUUAUUAAAUACUAUACUCUAUUAUCCUGUGUGUAAUUGUAAUUUUGGGAUCAUUCACUAGAUUAGCUUUUGCUUUUUGGAUGAUCCCAACUCGCUCCUUAUCUAGAGACUACAAUUUUUAUUCUUUACUUUAUAUGUAAAUGUGUUUAUUUGUCUCUCUCUUUUUUUCGAUUUGUGUCAAAUUAGCCUGCGAAACAGCCGUUUCUCCUUGCUCCUCGCCGCAAGGCUAGGAACGUUUCUUCAAGAGAAGAAACGUCCCCAGCGGCGAAGAGCAAGGAGAAACGGCUGUAUUCGCAGGCUAGUGUCACAUGUAAACAGAGCUGAGUGAUGUAAAUCGUCUUGUCUGGUUGUACCUUUGUUUUGAUGUUUAGAAGCUGAUAAACAAUACCUGUUGUCUAUGAAGCACAGAGAAGAAAGAACCUGGGUCCAGGCGUAUCUAGACCAAGAGAAACAUGUACUAAGGCACAUGCAGGGUGAGUAAAUAAUAGGCCAUUACAGAGUUGAUUCAAGCCUCUGUUUUAAAGCGAGUUUAAGUGCGAAGCCAGUGACUGAUAACGAUUUUUUUAUUCUCGUGCAAAUGAAACUCAUUUUCUCAAGAACAAGAAAGUUUCCCACUUAGACUGGUUUUGAAAGUGAGGGUUUUUGGAUCUCGGAAAUGGUAUUUUAAGUGGGAGUGAAAUACAAUAGUCUGCUACACAGCCGUUCUUUGUGACGUCACGCAACGCUCCUCCCCAUAAACGUUAGUCUCCCUCGCAGCUGUUUUGGGGGGGACGUUGCGUGACAUCCUAAAAAACGGCUGCUGAGAAACGAACCACAUUUGUGUGGGGAGCGUUGCGUGACAACAUAAAGAACGGCUGUGUAACAGCGGCUAUGGCAUGGCAGCAGCGAACUGUCCACAGCCUAUUUAAUUUUUUCCUUUGUUUAAUGAAAAAUGCAAAGACCUGAAACACGAAAUUAACAACUGUAUAAACCAGUUUCGAAUUAUGAAAAUUCAUACCUAAUUCAGACGCAUAGCGGUAUUUAGCGGCAGUGAGAUUCAGGGAUGAAUUAUUUCAUUUCAUUUCGUUUUAUUUCCCUCAGUCUCGGAGCCACGUGUGACUUCUUAUAAUUCAAAAUUGGCCUAUUUCCAGUGAAUCGAUUAAAUAUGAAUCACGAUGAGACAUCUGAAGGUUUGGCCUAAUGAAAAGGCCAGGGUGGAUUAUUUUUUUGGAGCAAGUCUUAACGUAACGGUUGUCUAGAUAUUUGAAAAUAACUGCAGUAAUUACAAGAAAGGAAUGCUUUGGACGGGGAAGGGGAAUUUGGUAGUGAUCUCAGGGCAUGUUCAUUCACGUGACUGGCGUCGAAACAGAGAAAAGUUUGAUGUGAGACGUAAUGAGGACUGCACCCUUCGGACGCAUUUAAAAUUUUUAAUUUGUUCACCAGGGCGUCGAAUCAAUGGCCGGAGUCCUCCAUCCUCCCCCAGGGGGGUAGUGUUAACACCAGCAUGGCACGAGCCCACCCGGGCUGAAGAAAAGAAGGAAGAAGCUAUAAGCGAACUCAAGGUACAACUACCCCAUUUAAUCAAAACUUAAUUUCCAAGCCUAAGAAUCAUUUUUCUUUUAAAAAUGACCUAUGUGUGACGUAUGCUUACGUCAAACGGGCAAAUUUCACCACCAAGUCAUGUUUAGAAAUUUUAAAUUUGCAGCCUGCGACCAAGCUCUCUAGGGAUCUCUGGGGCGGAGAGCCCAGAAAGCUUGCUGGCCGGCAAGUAAAUUUAUGAAGUUCUGAAUGAAUUAAUUUCCAAGACAGUAUAGUUGAAAAGAAUACGCAUGUACAAAGAGUGCAAAUACGAAGAAUUUUGUUAGUAAACGACGAAGGCUAGUGAAGAAAUACAUAAGGGCUUCUAUCCUACACUGAUGCAGUUAUAAAGUAACUGUUGUAGUAAGUCCAUCUUAAAUCGUUUUGCAUCAAUUUCUAGAACCAUCUUCAGGAAGUGAAGUCACGACAGAAUCAGGGUGAAGCUUUCCUGAGUAAGGCAGCUAAAGAAUCGACGCAGCGGCUGUACUCCAAACCCAAAACGGUAUGUUUUCGUUGGUGUUAAUGUUGUUGUUGUUUUGUUUUUGGAAGAUGAUGAUCUGUUAAAAGAGAAGUGAAGCACCACCUUUACGAUAAACGUCUGCUUCUGUUCCCUAAAACGUCUGACGAAAAAAAAAUAUCAGUUUGAAAACCAAUCUCUUCACGCUGACUGAAAGCGGCAAACGUAAAGUAAAUCGGUGGCGGGAAAUUAAAUUAUCACGUGCUUAUUUCGGUCGUUUGACAUUAUAUGGUACUUAAUAGAUACAUUUAGCUUCGAGCUUUUCGCUUUUGCAGCUGACGUGAAACCGCGACUUUAUGUCUCACGUUUGCCGUUUGAGGUUUGAUCCUGUCUCUACUUAAGCAUAGCGUUGUUACGUUAAAUCAUCGGGACUUCAGCCUUUAUUUUAGAAAAUCAACAGCAGAAAGAUCUAUGUUCGCUCUUUUGCGUUAAUUUACACUUAAACAUCUACAAAAAUGCCUGUUUUGCAAUAAAUUUUCAAAUGAGAAAAAAGCAGCUCAAAUCGCACAAGUAAAUGACAUGCUUGAAAACUCGCGUUGAAAACCGCAAAUGAGACUACAGAGCCUCUGGUCAAGCGGUCACCAGCCGUUCGCCCUCAGAGGUUUCGGCCGAAAAGCUGGGUGCUGAGGUCUCUAUUCUCUCUCAUGUAACGUAUUUUUUACUCUGACUUUAUCACAGGUGCGAGUUAAUGCUGUUCCGAAUGGGGAAAGUAAGCAGAGAGCUGUUGUUGUAUUUGGGGCCAGUAUGGAAGAGGUUCGUGAACGGCGAUUGUAUUUUUUUCUGUCUGUUAAAUCAUACCUCCCCAAUAAUCGAGAGAUAACAGUUUGAGAAAUUCGCAGGAACUAAAAGUGCCUGAAAACAAUAUCUAAGACUGGAGUUUCAGCAUUUAUAAGCUGUUCUUUGCUCUGCAUCCAUACUUGUUGCUAUAAGUUAUAUUUAAAGUUCCGUAUCAAAAAAAAAAAAGAGGAAAGCACCCUUUCAACCCCUUGAUGUCCUUAAAAAUAGUUGUACUCGCAGAAUCAAUUAUAAAGCUUGUAGCACGUUUACCUUUUGAUUAGCGCACUAAAUCCUAUAGCCUGGUCGGAAGCAUUUUUCUAGUCAAAUCGGGUUUCCUUACGGCGGUUGAAUGGAGGGGAAACGCACGGAUGUCACUGAUUUUGGUCUGUUUGUUUUAUGUUUGCACAUAAUUCUCAUGUAGCAAAGCAGAGUCAGUUAUAUUUAGUUGAAACCUCUUUUGCAGUGCUUUCAAAUGGCACACCAUUUUUUCCCCAGUAAUUCAGUUGAAGUUGAUUAGUUUUCUUGGAUCAUUUUUAAGACCAAUGAAAGAGAAAUGUAGCUAAAUAUGUUGUGGUAUUGUGCAGUUGUUAGAUGCUUGUACCACUCGCUUGGACCUGAGUAGCGCUGCCAGGAGACUGUUUAGCCUUGAUGGAGAUGAGGUUUGUUUCGUCUUAUUGUUUGUCUUCCUUGGUAGUCUCUUUGAGCAAUACACAUUCACAUCAUGUAGCAAAGUUGCAGUUUCAUUUAUUUACAAGUAUAAAAUCGUAUAGACCUCUUAAGCUGUAAUUGUUUCUUUUGACUUUGCAAGCAAAGUGAUUUUACACUCGAGAACUGUCAAUACUUUUGGAGGCAGAUUCAUUGAGAACACCACCACAUGUAAUGAGAAAUGAACAAACCAAGCUUAACAGGGCUGUUGCGUAGGUUCUUAUUGCUUCGCUUGGUGAUUGGUUGAAAAUUGUCGUGCCACUUUCUCAACCAAUUAGGUUAGAAGAUCGAACCAUGCCUCAAUCAGGUGCCUUUUCCCGCUCCUGGCCCCCGCUAUGAUUGUAUCGUUCGAGAUAUGAUUGUUCAUUGCUUCAUCUGCACCUGUGAUUGGUCAAAGUAGAUUACUUUGGGUUUGCGAUUACACUCAAUAAAAAUUGCCUUAAAGCCACGCCAGGUCGAGCGUAGGUAGUUUAAAAAUUUCUGCCAGCAGUCUUCGUGACAGUUUUUAUCCAUUGUGGUUUAAUUUUGUACCCGAAGACUGAGUUGCAGUCAAAUUAAUUAAUUAGUGCUCAUUCUGCGUACAGGAAUGCAGAUAUGAAUUUGGUACUAAUUGUGGCAAUCACUACGGGAUUCAUUUUUUUUUUUCAAAUGCAUUAUGGAAUCUUUGGGGAUACGCCUGACCUGACGUGGCUGCAUUGUUGUCAUUUUCAUGCUUUCGCACCCUAAUUUCAUUGGUUCCACAUGGACACCUUCUUUCUAUGUGUGACAUGGCUGUUUCUUCGUCAUUUAGAUAACUGACGUCAGUGGUUUGGAAAGAGAUCAGUAUGUUUGUGUGAGUUGCGGAGAAGGGUUCCUUAGAGCGAGAGGUAAUACUUUGAUGUGUCUUUGCCGCCCAAGGUCUUAAACCCUGACCCUAUUUAAGGAUGAAACAAACGAAAAUUUAGGAUCAUCAUACGUGUCUGGGAAACUGCCUACCUGCCAACAUUGACACUUACUUGGUUGGUUUAGGGGAGGAGUAGGUAAGCGGUUUCCCAGAAACGUAUUAUGAUCCACAAUAUAUUCCUUAGACUGUUGAAAGCCCAAACCUGAAAAAUGAACCAUAUUAAAGGGAAAACCAAAAACUCACUAAUACACAAACCUUCAUCAAAUCGCCUACCUUAUGCUUUAAGGAACAGUUCAGUUUUAAUAGAUUAUUUGCUUCCCGCGUAGCUAGGCAUUUAUGCACUUAAAUUUUAGCUGAUACAAUUACGGUAUCCUAUCGUGAACACAAUGCCAACAAAGGCAUAUUUUAAGGAUCAAAACCCUCAAAUGUUAUACCCUUUCGGGCAGCACAUAGCUACAUCUAGCCCAGAUAUGCGAGUUAAGCCUUUAAGCCCUACGAGUGAUCAGCAUAAAAUUUCUCCUAUUAAUAUCAAUGCUUUGUAAAACAGAGUGGUCAUGAGACUCACUGACAUGAUCACACAAGAUGAAUUUUUUUGAUAUUUUAUUAACUUCUCCCCACUACGUCUGUAGGAAAUGAAUAGGGGCAACAAAUGAGAAUUCAUAUUUUGAUCUUAGGGUUCAAAGGGUUAAACGAAGGUAAUUGUACUCACAGCACUCUACUAGCUCAAUACUGUUAAGAAGCAGAGAUUUAGCAGUUGUGAGAGCAGUCGCCUCCCAUCAUUGAAGUUAUGCCGUGUUUAAGUCCCGUUAUGUACGUGGGCCGGGUUUAUUGCUGGUCUUCGCCCUUGCUCUGAGGUUUUUUUCCCCAGGUAUUUGGGUUUUCCGUCUCCUCAAAAACCAGCAUUUCUAAAUUCCAAUUCGAUCGGGAACACACGAACACUUUUAAACGUUUUCUUCAGAGCUUCUUUGUGUUUCGUGGUUAUUCAACUUACAUUUCCAUGUGCAUUUCAAAGAUUUGUUUACUGUUUUGUUCCACUGCAGAUCGGCAGCAUCGCCAAGAGCUCAAGGCCACCUGGUCUCGAUUAAACAGACAAUCUGGCGGAGCAAUGAUCCCUGGAGCUGGUCCGGUUACUAGGAACAGUGUAAGUACACAUACGUCGGUAGCGUGAAAGGGCUUGAAAGAUGAAAUAGACUGAAAGAGGUGUGGUGUUUUUGGAUAUUGUUCUCCGUAUCAGUGGCUAAUUAUCGAUCACGUUAACGUGAUUACAUUCAAAAGUAUCCCGUAUGUCAAAAUUUGUUAAUCAAUUUCCUCCCUUCAGCACGUGCGGUAUAAAAUUGAAUUGUAGUUUGUUUGUUACUUUCUUUCUUUCUGUGGCUUUAUUGCGAAGCACUUUAUUCCUAGUUCCUUUGGUACCAGGAAACUCCUUGCCUUUGGACCAAACAUAGAGCGUAUAUAGUUGGCUGAGGCAACUCCCGUGCCCUCUAUUCCUCCGAAAAUUUCAUAAUUGUUUAGGACUUCAAUAGUAAGUUCCCCUAUGAGCGAGAAAUCACCGAAAUGAUAAACAUUAGUCUGAUCUGAGGUUGGUAUUUGUAACGAUCGUCUUGGGCAUUCUUGUUUAAAGAACAAUACAUGACUCAAACAUUUCAGGUACAUUACAUUUUUUCCUUCUCCUUACUAAAUGUCUGUUAGAUUCUUGAUGGAGAUAAACAAACCUUUUUUAACAAAGUGUUUAGGUUUUUUUAUGAACUUCAAACGGCUCAUGCGUGUAACACGUUUUAGCUAACUGAACUGGAGACCCUGCGGUAGUUUAUUAGGUUCAUAAGUGACAAAUUCCCUGAAUAUCGCAAGGAUUAGAAAGGUGGUAAGCGAGUUGUAGCACGUUUUAUAAGGUGAUGGAAAAUACAAACCCCGGUGAAUACGCGAGAAUAUCUUUGCUUGUCUUUUGGUAGCCGACCCGUUGCUCAAGGCCCUGGGUGUUUGUCUCUUAUCUUAGCAACAAAGACGCGUUUGCAUGGCUGGGUUGGCGAUCUGGUGUCCCAGGUAUCCCUAUCCUAAUUAGCGUUGAAAAAUAUCAGGGAUUGUUUCAUCCAAGACAAGGUUGAAGGUUCUCUUUCAGUAGGUGUGGUUAAUCUUACCGUUUUAAAGGCAAAAGUCUUUUGAGAUUACUUUUCUUCUCAAUAGUUUUCUCGUUCCUGGCCUAGUAUUACAUUGCACCAGCUUGGUUGUGCCCUUUUUUGUCCAGUUGGAGCAGAUAUAUUUCACGUUUGCUACUUUUGUCCUUAUUAGGUAACUUAUGACAAGACCAUCCUGGCCUUACCUGCCCCAGUCUCUCCCCCGCCACCAGCACAUAUUCCUCCCUCAACCACGAGGCAAAUGUCUGUCCACCGAUUGUCCAGUCGUCAUUAUUGA